CUCUAGCGAGUUGUUCCCAUCUCCAGCAGCAGUCAUGGCGGUGUCAGGGACUCGCGAAGAUGGAGUAAACACCACCACUCUAACUACAUCUUCAUCUUGAUUUUUUAAUGUAAUAAUCGUUGAAAUCUUAGCUUCAUGGUGGACAGUACCUGCUGUCGUCCGAAAGAUCACAAACAUCCCGCUGGCUGCUGCUGUUGCUGCUGUGCUUCCAACGAUGGCCGACCGCGGCGUUGAUUUGUCGGCUCUACCUAAAGAGGUCAGAGACCAGCUGGCGGAGUUGGAUUUGGAGCUGUCCGAAGGUAAUGUUUCCAAUUCAAAGGGAUGAAAUAGUCAGAGCUGUAAAAGAUGCGAAUCACAAGUGUGUCUCUUCAGAGUGUUUAUAUGAAAUCAAACACAGACAGCUCUGUCCGGUGUCUGCUUGUUGAGACUCAGAGCUGCUGCAGUGGAUUCAGGCACGACUACAACUAAAGAUAAAAACACACUGACCUCCUUUUUGUCAAGCUGGCAUUUCCCCAUCGGGUAUCCUGACUGAAUUUAGUAGUACUAGCACUUAUUCAUAUGAAUUGCUUUGCAGGACUGUGCAUGUUGUUGUCAAUUUUCUGAAAUUUCCAGUCAAAAUCCACGUUUAACUCUCAUCUUAUGUGUUAUUCAGUGCUCUUAAUCAUCUCAGCUUUAAAAACAAAUAGACUCCUGUCAAGAAAAAUGGGUCAAGUUUGUCAUUCUUGAGGCCUGUGUGUGUGUGUGUGUGUGUGUGUGUGUGUGUGUGUGUGUGUGUGUGUGUGUGUGUGUGUGUGUGUGUGUGUGUGUGUGUGCAGCCUCAGUCACCACUGGACUUGACAUGAUGCUGCAGCCCCCUCUGUGCUCAGCUGUGCCACAGCAGCUUUCAGAGCCUCAACGCUCAAACUGCUGCACCAGAUAUAUAAAAGGGUAAUUUGUUUCAUGCUCUGAGAAAUAGGAAUAUGGUGGAAUAUGUUAUGCAAGUCUCCUCCUCACACCGUGAAUCACAGUGCAGCCGCCUGAUUGGUGCUGAGCAGUUCCCAGGUGCCCGGGGGUGGAUGAGUAAUAUUGUGUUUUUCACAUGGCGAGCAAAGCAGAGGGGAUGUUAGGGCCACUAAUGAUGCCUCACACCACACAUAGAUACCUGGAAGUGUCAUGGCCAUGUUGGAUGACAGGUGAAAGUGCACAGAAGGGAUCACAGGUGGAAACUUAAGGCCAUCAUGGCUUUGCAGUUGUCCAACUUGUUGUGAUUGUUUCAGCAGUUAAAAUGCAAAAACACAUUUUCCAUUUAUUUCACUGCAUUUACUGGUCACAUUCUCUGAGUAUUUCUGUGGUAUGCUAUGACCUGAGCUUCUGUAGAGUUGAGUAUGUGCUCCAGUUUAAUAAUAGAUACCAAUUAACUGUGUGAUAAUGAGGCUGGGUAAUAGAGGAGGGGGUGUUCACGCUCUUUGUUCAUUUACAUUGGUGAGAAGCAAUGGAUGAUGGUGAAUGUAUUUAUAAACAGGCAUACGAUAUGUGCUUGAAUACCCUUCCUCCUGUUUUAGCUUUUACUAUGCACCCACCAUGUUAAGGGUCAGUUUUGACCCGUGUCUUAAAUCAGCUGUAAAGAACAUUUAAAACAAUUCUCUAUCGUCAAAUUUGGUUCUCAUCUCUAGGUUACCUUUUUAGGCUUCAUUAUCCAUGAAAAUAUUGCUGAUAACAUUGUUUGUUGUGGUCCUCUGGGCCUUUCUUUGUCAGUAGACCCCUCAUACAGACAUUUAUACUGAACUGAUCUCACAUGUCUGGACAUGCCUGACGUUGUUUUUUGUGCAGGGAAAAAAAUAGCAAAAUGAGAAUUUCCUGAAUCACACAUGAUUGGAAGAGGAUCUUACUGUCAGUGUGAUGCCUGACAGUUCACUUAUGAUUUCAGUAUUUGCUCUAAUUAUUAGAUAUUGAUCUAACCGGGUCAACAGCGACCCUAACACGACAAGUGCCAUAAUUUUAAUUAGAGUAUUUUAUAAUUUAGUCAAUUAAUUUUUUAAUUUUUAUUUUUUUGAAAUAGAGGUUCCUGACAAAGUCAAAAAGUCUUGAUGCAAAAAAGCUAAUUUAAGUGGGUUUUUUUAAAAACAAAAACAGGUUGGUGCAGACCCUAACACAGGAGGAGGGAUACAGUAACUGUAUUCAAUUGCAAUUUGUUGCAACAAUAUUUCAUCCUAAAACAGCUGUUUUUUGAGAUGCAUGGCAGGUGUAAAAACAGAUGUUAUCUCGAUGAUGUUCAACUCUAUUUAAUUUCUCUGAAGCAGAGAAAUAAUGCAAAUCAACAGUUCAAAGACUCACAUGUUCACCCAAUAAUUCCUUGUUUUGUCCGUCAGCUGUACCAAAAUACGAAACCAGUCUCUUCACUGCACAAAGUGAAUAAUUCUGUAUAUAUUUUUUUCUUUCAUUCUAACUUCAGAUAGUUAGGCAGAAAUGCAAAAGUCCCAUGUGGCAAUAUUUUCCCUAGCAAUUGCAUCUCCCUAUUUAUUAAAGCAUUCCCUCAAGUGCAAGCGCAGCAGUUUUAUUAGUACUGUUAUAUUGAUAAAAACAACAAUAUCAUAUUAUAUAUCGGCUAUUAACUGACCUGCUCUUUCAUUAUCUAUAUCAACAUCAGCCGCUGAAAAACUGAUAUCGGUGGACCAGUUGUCAGCAGGUGAUGUUAUUGACAUUCUCCAAAGUUUCUAUUGUGUAGUAUCUUGCACUGGAGUCCAGGAAUAGUGUUUUAAGGCCAAAGUGUGAGCGAGUAGAAAGCUGAUACCCUCAGAGUGACUGACCCUCUGCCGGGGACUUUAUCUGUGAAAACAUAGACUUCAUAGUUUGUAACUUAAGAUCAAAGAGGCUCACUGCUAAGCAGAUGCUACUGUGUGCUCCGUAUUCUCAUCCUCUUGUGUGAUGAGAUGCAUUUGCCAUCUGCUCGACAGCGCUCAGUUUGCCCGAUGCUAACAGAACCAGGUAAUAGCAGCUGGCCAACUAAUAAGUGUAAAACUGUCUCAUAGAUAUAUUUUACACGGCAACAAUCGGUCCAUUGUUGUCCUGAUGCAUGGGACCCCCCCAGCAACUUUCAAAAAAAUCCACCAAAAGCUGAGAAUAUAUCCCCGCAGUCUAUUUCGAUGUGGUUUCCACUGUGUGUGUAUUUGUCAGUAUACAUGUGUGAAUGUGUAGAUGGGAGAAAGAGAAAGAGAAAAGCUCUGCCUACUUGAACCUACAUGACUGUAAGGACACAAAGAAAGCCAUUGAAGGGAUCAAAGACUGAGUGAUUGAGCCGGACUGGAAUUUAGAGCACUAAACCACAACAGUUUAAGCUGCUCAGGGCAGAAGUGUGUGUGUGUGUGUGUGUGUGUGUGUGUGUGUGUGUGUGUGUGUGUGUGUGUGUGUGUGUGUGUGUGUGUGUGUGUGUGUGUGUGUGUGUGUGGGCAUCGUGGUGUCUGAGAGGCUCUUGUUUGUAGAUUGUCAGAGCAACCAGGGUUAGGAAGUGAACAAGACUGUGGCAGCUCUGCUUUACACAGAUGCUGUGUAGAGGAGGAGACAGGUGGUGCAUGAUGUAAAACUCAGAAAUGUGUCUUUUGGAAAGAGUUGUCAAAAACUGUCAUGUCUGAAAUCCUGAUCUGAUUCAUAGUUGGUCAUUAUCUGCAUGAAAAAAACAUUCAAAAUUUUGACAUUCAAAAAAGUUUAAUUUUUACUUCAAUGGGAGAUGAGCCUAGUUGAAAACGGUUAACCUUUAGCUACAAAGUAUAGUACCACAAUACUGUAUUCAGACCUGUUUUAGCCCACCAAACUAAAAAGAGUUACUCUUUAUUUUUUCAAAACAACCAGUUCAGGACAAAGUUUUGUUAAUUCUGCCUUGACAGUGGAAACCCUGCAGGAGUUCUUAAAUUUUUCCUAGGACUGGGCGAUAUGGGAAAAAGUUUAUCACAAUAAAUGUUUUUCGUAUCAGUCUAUAGAUAUACCACGAUAUAAAAAAUGAAAUUUAACAGUGCUUAUUGGUAGCAUGUCUUUUCCAAUACAAUAAUCUACUGCAUCUGUGAGGUAUUUGUGUCUCUUUGACAUUUUGUCGUAAGGUGUUGCUCUAGAGAAAGCGGACUGAACAGUCGGCUGUUUCGACUGCACAGACGACAUGGGCUCCUUCCUCCGCUUGGGGUUUGUAACCUUUUGCGUUGCGCGUGCUGUGGCGCGUGGCGCUGCUUCAGGUGGUGAAAAAGAUUUGAGGUACUCCCCGACUUUGCAAGAACAUGGACUCGACAUAAUUUGCAGUGCACAUUACUCUGCUUCAUGUACGACCUCAAAAAACCAAAACACCACCGAUAUUUCUGUGCAGGUGUUGUCGACGACGUUGUCAUCUCUUGAGCCUUCAUGGUCAUUUCUGUCCGGGGUAGCACUCAUUUUCUUUUUUUCACACUGACAGUACUGUCGGCUUCACGUGUUAAAGUGCUAUGGUUGCGUGUAGCUGCAGCCUGCUACUACACAGUUGUUUGCUUCUUGGUUCAUAUUCAUCACAUGAUUGGUUCAACGCGUAGCUGACUAGGAGAAACUCCCCUUUUCAUUGGCUAUUCAUAUAGUCUACCAAAACACGGCAGAAUGCAGACUAUCAAAAAGGAUAUUGACCAUGAUUUACCAAGGGAAAAUAAUUUUCGAUAUAUAUUGUUAUCAUUUUAUCGCCCAGCCCUAAUUCUUCCCAUAGAUAUCAAACCAGAGUUGUAGCAUUUGACCCAUCGCCUAUAUAAACAUGCCCCCUGUCUGUUUCUGAAGUAGAGUUUGGAAAUGCUGACUCAACCCAACUUUCAGUCAACCAAAAAAGGCAAAAAGCAGAGUUGGUAGGCCUUAAGUUUUCUUGCUAACUACAGUGUGUCCAUCUGUCAGACAAGUCAGCUAUGCACCUCGAUGCAAAACUCGUAACCUUGAAAUCUUCCAAAAUAAUGAGGAUGUAUGCUGUUUGAUCAGUCCCAAUGUAGUACUCUGUAUUUGUGAAGACAGCUCUUCACAGACUCCCCGACUUCAGUUUACAACAAACUGUUUCUCAGUGGUUAGCAGCAUCCACCCUGUUAGCCGUCUGCGAAGUUAUGAAGGGGAAGCACAUUUUCACCUACUCCACACUGACAGAGAGGGAGAAAGAGAGAGAGAGAGAGAGAGAGAUUAUGGCCCCGCCUGUGACUGUCAAUCUAGGUCACAGAGCAUCAGGGGGGCAACAGGCCUAGCUCAAUUGGCCUGUGAGUCACACAGGACAAGAGCUGCUACUGGGGAUGUCUCUCUCUCCCACCCACCAUGAUAACACCACUGCCGCGUUACCCCUACUACUACUACCAUCACUUUAAUCCAGCUACCUCCUCAAACCUAAUCAAUAUACCCAGAGAGCUCUAAAAUGUGCCAACAAGGCAUUAGCUGAUCUUAAACUUCAGCCUGUCUUCCUUUAUCAUGAGCUAAAUCAGCAGUUUUUUUUACAGCAUUGGAAAUUUAAAUAUUUUUUAUUGUAUACUUUUCCUUUUUAUCAAGUUUGUCAUGAAAUAAUAUGUCAAAACUAACAAAAACUUAAAAUUUCUGAAAGUGUCCAAAAAAAAAAAACGUAACAAAUUCUAAAAGAGACUGCUGGUUAAUUGAUACUGAAUAAUAAAUAAACAUCGUUUCUGUUUGCAGCAGCAUUAGUAGGAAAAAGUAAAGUGCAGAUGUUUAUUUUACAAAGUAAAAUGCCACCAGCUGAAAGGCGGCUGCUCACUGAAGUGUUUUAAUAGAUGGGUCACAAUGGAGGACUCUGGGAGAGAGGGAUAUGUUAUGUAAGCUUUUGGUACACAGACACAACAUCUAAAGAUAGUUUCAUUGUUGGUUUUGCAUGCUUCAUGCAAUAAGAAAAUGAUUAAGUAACCCCACAUUUAUCUCUCAGUGCUGAGUGGAGAAAGAGUGUUGCGUGUCAACGUCUGUGUGGGCAUGCUUAUGUGUCUAGUACUUCUUGGAUGUGUAUACGUGGAGCAUUGAGGGGGACAGGAAGGAAGCUGAAUUAUCUGUUUAAAAGCUCAUUUACUGUUUGAAGGAGCUGUACUCUGAUCUGCAGCCAGUGCUUUAGGCCAUGGACUUAGUUUUUACUGGCAAAAGAUGAACCCUACUGCCGCCUGUGUCACACAGAAACUCAACGGCAGGAACCAUUAAAAAAAAUCGAUUAUGUAACACCUUUUAUUUCUCAUUUCAUUAUGCACGCAGACCUACACACAGAAACAGGGUAUAUUGAAGCCUGUGUUUUAAAAAGGCUGAAUAAUUCAGAUGAGACUGCAGCACAAACAGUCAGCUGGAGAGAUGAACCCUCUCACUUUCACACCCACAGUGAACCUUUUGUAAGCUCACAUCCUCCUCUGGCUCCAAAGUUGAGCUCCUCUUAACCUUGUAGUAACCGCGAGUCAGCUCUCCUUUCCCAUAUUUAUUGUCUGACUUGUGUAGCUUGUACCCAGAAGUAACUCCAAAAACAGAAGUGACAACAAGCAGUAAGUAUUGGUCAGGUCACUGUGCAGUUCACUGAAUUAUUGAAAAGUGCCAACUGGAGGAAGGAGCUGCAGUCAGACUGCAUGCAGUCCGUGUUUCCGACUCUGUCCUCAAGAGAGACUCGUCUGCCAUUUAAUCUGGAGGUUUAGCUGAUGGUUUCAGUUUCCCCCAUGCCCUACCACUGCCCCUAGCACACACACUUUCACUCUGUGAGUUUUCAUAAAUCCUCCCCAAACUAGAUGGACCAUAUGUUGGAGCAGCGCAUACAGUAACUCAGUUAAAUGCUCUGGUAAGCUGUUGAAACUGUCGCAGAUGAAGUCUCCAGGAGCCCGUUACAACUUGUCCACAAGUUUUUUCAAAGGUUGUUCAGGAUGUUGAUAAGAAUUGUAGCAGUUGUAGCUGUUAAAAGUUUCUGUCAGCUUGUGUAAAUAAAUUUUCACUCCUUUUAUGAUUUUUUUGGGUCAGGCAGGUUUUUGUUGUUAUUGUUGUUUUUAAUGUUUUCUGUGUUUUUCCAGACCCACUGUGAGGAAAUUUCUUGUAUUUCUAGAAAGACUGGGUUGGGUCUGUUGCUAUUGUGGGCCUGUGAGGCACACUGAAACACUGAAUGUGGGCAUUGAAUGCUGUUCAAAUAAACUUGACAUGACGACUGCAGCAUCUUCACAACAGCUCACGUUCAGUGGUAGUGACUAAAAACAAAGGCCUCUUUAACUUUACAGGCUGCAGUAUUCACUACUAUUCACUUCUCAUAUGUUUAAACAUUGGUGUUAUUUGUGUGUGUGCUCGUGUGAAAAAAUAAAAUUACACAAUGUUCCACUGGGUUCAGAUCUUGCCAGUUCACAUAUAACAGUCUGCACCAGGUCACAGUUGUCAUGGCUUACAGUGUGUCAGGAGGUAAAUGCACUUAUUCAGCAUUGAGCAGCAUUUUCAACAGCUUUGCCUUGAAGUGUUGAAGUAAGUGUGUGAAGCAUAGUGUGUGCGCCCUCAGCAGUGCUCUCUUCUUUCACUUUUGUGCGCACAGAGAGAAGAAAAAGUUGCUAACAGGAGGCGGACAUGAUCCACUAACUGACUUCCUUUUUGUCAGUCAACUCUCUGCUCUUCUUUGCACAUCUGUUUUGUCGCCUAUUAUUACACAGACUGGCCUUUAAGGGCCUGUGUGUGUGUGUGUGUGUGUGUGUGUGUGUGUGUGUGUGUGUAGUCACUCCCUGUUGGAGUGAGGUUUAACAAACGUGUGGAGUGAAACAUGAUUCACUCUGUUACCUGAGUUGGCCACACCCUGCAUGCUUUUCCAGAGGGAGAGAAUCACAAGAGACCUGCACUGAAAACCUGUGUGUGUGUCUGUGUGCGCCCCUGCGUGUGUGUGUGUGUGUGCCUUUGUGCCUGUGUGUAAUACAAGCGCUCAAGACUUUUCAUGGAUUUCUUCCUACCGGUGCCUGUUAUACCAGUUUCAUUGUGUGAGUCAAUAUACUCUUAAGUGCAUACAGCCUUUCUCAUUUACUAAGAUGCAUGUCAGCAGAGUGGCGUGUAAUCAGUGACUUAGUUAUAUGCAUUUAUGAUGCUAUUAGCCAUUGCAAUUUCUCAGAGCGUCCAUAAAUGUCCAUAAAAGUGCAAAGGUGUAACUAUUACAGUUUAAAUUAGGAGAUUUUGCAAGCUUCUCCCAUGAAAAUGUGAAAUAAGUAGAGCCUGACAGAUAUCAGUAUCAUUUGUGUUUUAAAAAUACCCUGACAUUAUGGUUUUAGGAGACUUCAUUUCAGAAAACAAUCCUCACUGGGCUUUAAAUCAGGUUAUCACAUAGUUUUUUUAUAAGCAGUAUGUGCUUUUGUUACCUAGUGAACACUCUCAGCGUUGUCUGCAAAUAAACUGAGCUUUACAGGUGAGCUGAUGGAAGUCUACACACUGAUCUUGGUUGGUAUUGUAUAACUGCAUUACAGGUUGUUCAAUAAAUUAUUUAAUUAAGAAAAUGUUUAAUUCUCAGAUGAAAAUAUAAAACAUAUCAGAUGUUAGAACUAAAAUUGUUUUUUUUUUAUAGAAAAUACAGUGUAUACUCAUUUUGAAUUUGAUGCCAGUAACAUGAGUCAAAACAGCUGCUCUAAGGACAUGUGCAGUUCUGUUGUAUCACCUCUUUUUUAGACAACAAUCUAACUAUUAAAGUUGACAUAAAUAAAGUCGAGAUUUCUUGAAUUAAAUUAAAAUUUUGAGAUUAAAGUCGAAAUUUUGAGAUUAAAGGUGACAUGACCAAAGUCGAAAUUUCGUGACUUGCAUCUAAAAUUUCGAGAUUAAAGUUGAAAGUAUGAGAUUAAAGUUGAAAUUUUUAGAUCAAAGUCGACAUGAAUAAAGUUGAAAUUUUGUGAAUUACAUCGAAAUUUCAGGAUUACAGUCAAAAUUACGAGAUAACAGUUGAUGCAAAUAAAGACAUUUCAUGACUUAAGUUGUAAUGUUGAGAUUAAUGAUAAUAAAUCAACAGCAUUGUCGCUCGUCACUCGACAACACGUCCUUUGUCGAAGAAUUUGUAAAGCUGUACUUUAGAAUUGGAUUCAGUAAUAAGGGAUUCCUUGCUCUUUUUGCACACAAACACAGUGUGGUCAUAAGUAUUUGGACUUUGAAAUGACUGUGCUGAAGAUUAUGAUGCAGAUGCAGGGGUUAUCAGUGGUUACACCUGCGUGCUGUACAGCAAGGCUAUGUUGUAUCGCAAGAUACAAUAAGACAACUGAUCAAGUUGACUGAUCCUGAAGGCCUGUAGCACAGACGACCGCGGCACAGGCAUUACCUAAGCCAAGGAACCAAUGCGCUCUGGCACAUGGAUGGCUACGACAAAUUUAAGCCGUAUGGCUUUUCAUUCGACUUUUUUUAAUUUCGACUCUAGUGUCAAAAUUUCGACUUUAAUCUCUAAAUGGGAAUUUAAACAAAAUCUCCCCCCUGUAAGUAUUUUUUUCUCUUCUUGUGGCCCUAAUCCUCCCUGGUAAGAAACAGAGGGGUUCAGUUCCUGGAGUUUAAGUCUGGUUCUUGCCUGAUGUACGAUUUCAGCUGCUCAGCACUUGAGGGUCUCCCCUGACAUGUUUUCGAUUUGAUGAUCCUCCAAAUGUUUUCAGUGGGGGAAAAGUUGAGACUGCAGAUAGGCCAGUUUAGCAUCUAGACUCUUCUACUACAGAGCCAUGCUGUUGUGUUGUGUGAACAUUGUCCAGCUGAAACAUGUAAGGUAUUCCCUAAAAAAUCCAUUAUCUAGAUGUUAGAAAAGUGACCCCUAAACCUGAAGACCACAAAAUGAUUCCACUUCACCUCAGUCCUUAUUGAAUGGCUGUUUUUUCUGCAUCACUUUUAUAUACAUUCGCAGUUUUAACCUGUAUGUGGUUUCUGCAAUGAACGGUAUGCAAAAACAGCAGUUUUUGAGCGGAUUUCUACAACAGAGCCACGUCUUUUUUUAAUUUAGUAUCAUCCAAUCCUGUGUUUUAUUCACUUGCAGUACAGUAUGCACUUCGAACUGCUGGCUCCUCCUUGCAUCAAGGACACAAACGCUUAAACACACACGUGUCCUGAUGCCACAUGGAUAUUUAGAGGUGAUACUAAAUCUACUUGUCUAACCACUUUUACUAUGACUGCUGGCCUUUAUUGUACUGGUGAUGAUGACGCGCACACACACACACACCACAUUGUCCCAGUAGAGAACAUUUGGAUGGAUUUGCUUCGCUAAACCUGCAGGAAGACUCUGUCAGAGGACGGAAGAUUAAUAAGUGGAGAUCAUAACAUCAUGUGUCCCGAGAGGAAACAUGCAUGAGUGAGACAGAGGGAAACAUAUGGCAUCUAACUUUGUUCCUGAAAACUCUAUGUAUAUCCUGACUGUGUAUUACAUUUGGAAGUUUCGAUAAAAAAGCGUUGUGUGGUGUUGUUACAGUGCCCUACAUCCCAGUGUCUUAUCUUCAAACCUUGCUUGAAGUUGUCUGUUUUCCAGUGCGAUACCAGCUGGCAACCUCUGUUUACCCAGCAGUAUUUGAACCUGAUUUGGAUCCUUUUCAGCGAGCAGGUGUUUGACAUGUGUUUAAGCUGUUUUUCUGAGAAAGCAACCAAGCAGGGCGAGACGAGGAAAAGGGAAAGAGAAAAGUAGGGAAAGAGAAUAGAGGUCGGUGGCUAAUUACUAUUCAGACAGUGUGCCUGUGGGGUGGAAGGAGAGAGAGCAGUCUCGCUGCAAAAGGCUGGUGAGAGUGAGAGUGUAUCAGAAUACAAAGCUAUGAUGUUAUUCAUACAAGAUUGUGGGGAACUAAACUACACACUCUAAAGUUUAACAUACAAAUCCUCUUUGUGGUUACAGUUGGAGAACCAAGACAAAAGAGGAGAGUUAUGGAGAGAACCGGUGACUGUCGUGGUUUGAUUGGGACCUCCUCAUCUUGACAGACAUGAGUGGGUCACUGUGAGAAGAUGAGUUAAACAGUGAGACCCUCAUCACUGCAGCAGAGCUGUGCCCAGCCUCUUAAGCAGAUAGCUUUGCAUGUUGGUAUUGAGACACACUGAAAGACACCCUCAUAUUCACUUUGACCUUUUGAGAAGUGCUUUCUAGUCAUCUUCUCUGGACCAGUGUUUUGCAGCUCUUGCUACACGUUGUUCAUGGAUCAAAACCACGAUCAAAAUAGGGUUUUACACAUACAUUCUUGAUUCUCAACAAUUAUUAUAAAAUGUGAGUCUAAAAUUUGAAUAACAGUGAACAGCAGUGCUCCUACAGCUAAGAAACUGGGUAAUGGAACAAAAUAAAUACAUUACAAAAGAUGCAAAAUAUACAAUAUUUUAACUGUUGGUGGCUAGGAAGCAAGCCGUCUAGGUCGCAAUAAACACAACAUACACCAAAGUCUGUAUUUAUUGCAUUAAAUGGAACAAAUGUGUAAAAAAUCAGUGCUUUCUUGCACAGCUUAUAUUCAUUUCACCUUUUGGACAAAGUCCUCCCUAUAGUGGCCAUGCAUUUACACCACUGAUGUAAAACUCAAGCCAGCUUUCAGCUACUCUUACAUAAAUUGAUAUCAGUGUAAAGGUAAAAUUUCUUUCUUCUGUGUCUGUUUUUGAUUCAGGACAAACACUGAGCUAACACAAGAAUGGCGCAGAUUAUCAGAUAGACAUGAAAACUGAGUUAUAGCUAAUAUACAUCCUGUAUAUUACUUGUUAUACACUGCUUUUUUCUUAUAUUGCAAACAUACAAUAUUCACUUUUUGAUGUAUGGAAAAAAGCAUUAUGGUUUGUACAGGAAGUGAGUCUUUUUAUAGACUAAACUCUUCUGUCUCUUAGCGAGACCCUGACAGACCCUGACAGAUAAUUUAAGCAUAAAAAACUUAACAGACGAAUUUCAAAUCAUCCAGAUGGAAGAGUGAUUACUUGGAGUUUCGUUUAAUGCCACGCCAGCCCCUCCCCCGCCGCUGACUCCAUCCCUCUCUCUUCUUGCUUUUUCUCUCUGUGUUUUCCUGCAGAGAAACUGCCUGUUCACAUGAGCUAAAAAUAAAUCAUGUGACUGAGCGAGGCGCUCUCUACCAUUCAUGCAUUACUUAUGGAAGUGUUUGCUUUUCUUCCAUUUUCUGCUCAGAAACAGAAAAAACAGGCCCAGAAUAGGGUUAGAUAUUAUGUUGGAGGAAGCUCCCAGGCGAUGUCCUCUGAACGUGAGCGCUGUCAUUUUUGUCAGCUUGACAGUGGUGUGUCAGCACCAUUGUCAAGACAAAGAUCAAGAUCAAGAAUAAGCAUAUCAGAUUGGCUACAACAACCCAAAACAGGAUAAAACAGGCGGAAACAUGACAAAAAUAAUCAACAUAAACUACAGUGGUUCAAUCUUCACAAAGCAGUCCUCAGGUCUCUUCAAGAUAGGCAGCAUUAUUCUGUUGUAUUUGGGUUUCUUUGUUCUGACUGAGCAUUGUUUAUGUAGAGGAAAUGUAAAGGAGGUAUUUGUGUUAGCUUCCUGCCGCAUUUUCUUUUAGCUGUGAAUUGAUGUUUUUGGGUUGAUGAGUGGAGGACUGGCCCUGUUCCUGUAGUUGGUGCACACUAUGCCAAAUGGAAAUGUUUCUGUGAGCCCUUUUAGCCACAAAUAGCUUUGUCUGAGGCUUUGAAUGAUGCUGUAGUUUCGUUCAGCAAACACCAGAUUGAUUAUUCUGAUACCAUUUACUGCCUAUUAUUCAUAGUAAUAAAAAACGAGGCUACUACAACAUGUCCGACAAUCAUUGAUUUUAAUACAACAAAGUGCACUCACUCAAAUAAGGUUAUUUUGGCUGCAAUAACAUUGCUAAAAAGAUUAAUCAUGGAUUAAGAAACCCAACAGGUUGUACAGUCAAAACUCUAACCUUGAGGUUAGCCUGAUUCUGGGGCACUGGUUGGCCUGGUGUAGGGCUGGGCGAUAUGGGAAAAAGUUUACGAUAUUUUUUUAAAUAUCAGUCGAUAUUGAUAUAUACACUCACCGGCCACUUUAUUAGGUACACCAUGCUAGUAACGGGUUGGACCCCCUUUUGCCUUCAGAACUGCCUCAAUUCUUCGUGGCAUAGAUUCAACAAGGUGCUGGAAGCAUUCCUCAGAGAGCUUGGUCCAUAUUGACAUGAUGGCAUCACACAGUUGCCGCAGAUUUGUCAGUACACAUUACUCUGCUUCAUGUCCGACCUCAAAAAAAAAUAAAUAAAUACCUCCACACCACCGAUGUUUUUGUGCCAGUGUUUUCGAUGUCCUCAUCUGUUGAGCCUUCAUGGUCAUUUCUGCCGCACUCAUUUUCUAGCACUCAUUUUCUUUUUUCUCGCUGACAGUGCUGUCGGCUUCACCUGUUAAAAUGCUAUAGUUGCGUGUAGCUGCAGCCUGCUUCUACACAGUUGUCUGCUACUUGGUUCGAAUUCAGCACAUGAUUGGUUCAGUGCGAAGUGGAACCGGAGCAACUCCCCUUUUCAUUGGCUAUUCAUAUAGUCUACCAAAACAUGGCAGAAUGCUGACUAUGGAAAAGCAUAUUGACCAUGUUUUAUAUUGAUAUCGAGGGAAAUUAAUUUUCAAUUUAGUUUAUCGUUUUUUUGCCCAGCCCUAGCCUGGUGGUGUGAGCUAUGUCUCAUUACAGAGGCCAUAAUCCUCAUCACAGCAAAUGUUGGUUCAACUUUUGGCCACAUACCUUUACUGCAUGUCUCCCCCCUCCUUCUAGCUCUUACAUUGUCUGUCUUUCUUCACCUGUGACCAUCAAAACACAAGCAUAGACACAUUUUGUCCCACACUUCCUGCUUUACCUGCUCACGGUGAUCCCACCUCACCUCUGUAACGCAUCUGUUACUGCCUCUGCUGCUAACAUGGCGGUGUGAUGAUGUUGUCUGAGAUGUUCAUGUAGAAGGUGACACACUACAGAAGUAUAAAUACAGCACCUUGAACUGGAAAGAUGAAAAAAAAAUAGUUUACUCACCAAAUAACAGGUGUUAGUUAAAGGUGCUUCACUGGGUUGGAAGUUCAUUUCCGGCACUGGAAACAGUAUUUUAGGGGCAAACCUCACUGUUUGGUUAAGAAAAUCAGUGUAAAACAGACAGCCAGAGGUCUGACAGGGACCUCCUGAAUGAAUCACAACAGCUCCACUUAAAAAACUAGGUAUAGUAAAAGUGAGUGAGGAGUUCUGAUGGAGUUGUGGUAAAUGGAAAUCAGAGAAGUGUGAAGAAGAAGUUUUAUCAGCCUGUGUUUGUUUGGGAGGGUGGAGGGAGGUAUGGAUGGGCUGUCUGUCUGGGGCAGGGGUUAGGAGAAGGUUUGUGAAGGGUCAUUUUAGACAUUUUACUCUUCAGCCACCUGAGACUUGAGACUCCUUCAUUUCUCUGUGGCACCGUGGCUCAUCUCUACCAUCAUGCCCUCUCCUUAUCUCCCUUGCCUUUACGCAUUUGUGUUUUCUCUCAGCAGCUCUGAUUCAUCUCUGUAAUCUCUCGCCCACACUUCCUUAUGUUUCCAAAUUUAGUUCUGUUUUGUUUUUCCCUUCGUGUCAUCUUGAAGCUGGAACUGAGCCACAUCUCCUAUGCCCUCAGCUAUCUCUUGAGAUUACUGCAGCACUGUGUGCAUCCGUCUGUGUUUCCCAUUUUCUUCACUUGUCUAUUUCCUCUGUGUUGCUCUUUCAUUAUUCCAGUUCUCAAAGAUGGGGAAAGACCUGAUCAUAAAUGGACCAUGAUUUUUUGAUUACUUAUCAAUCUUUCAGAAGUAUAUUACUUGGCUCUUACCAAAGCAUCAGAGUCAUCUAGGUGGAUGUUUUGCUGCUGGAAUGUAAGUGUAUUAUGUUGAUAAUGUGAGUGAAAUGACAUCAAGCUUAAGCUGAAGUGCCUCUUUUUUUCUGCAAUCAUUCCAGGUGAUAUUACACAGAAAGGCUAUGAGAAGAAAAGGACCAAACUUCUGGCUCCUUACAUCAUCCAUACUCCAGGUAAAAAGCCAUCAUGUCUAUAACACGAACAUAAGUGCAUGCCCACUCUGACUCUCAGAUCUGCCUACAGGACUUAAUGAAAAAAAGAGCAUCAUCUUUAUACCACGAAAACACAGUUUUGAUUGAUCCUCUGUUUACUGGACUAAUAUUGCCUUGCACAUUUUAUUUCUACAUCCAUCUUUAAAAGUUGUGGUGAAGUAGCUUUCUAUAAAAAGUUGUAUUUUACAUUAAAACAAAAAACAGAAACUUCACAAGACAAUAUUGUUGACAAUUUAAACCAGACAUACAACAUGAAUUGCGGUAAAAGUCACACUCUGUAAAUAAUACAGGUCUUUCAAUAUUUAACACUGCCUCUAGUGGUACCAUCUCUCUGCUAAUCUAAUCAAUUUAGUCCCCUGAAGAUGAGAGCAGAUAAUAAACAAUUAUUAGCUGUGUAAAAAAAUGUAAAAUCCUGGAGAAGUACAUGGCUUGUUAUCAAUGACAGUGACUGUAAAUGGUGCAUUAUCAUCAGGAUAAAAUUCACUCUUUCUUUGGUGUAGCUGUUGAUGACUCAUUUUUUUGUAUUACUCUAAGUUGACUGGAUAGUAAAUACCCUAGUGAAAUGAUGCCCAGUCAUAGUCCAGGCUCAAAGUAUGAAGGAUCCACAUGAAUAAUCUGUUUUACAAGCUUUACUGGGUGCAGAACUGGGUUACAUCUCCAGCAUGUGACAACAGUAACAAAAGACUGGCAUGAAUGGAUCAGUUAUAUGUAGCUGUUCACUCUCCCACUGAGCAUUUUUUGGUCUAAAAGAGCUCUAAUAGACUAAUAAAUGUAGCCGCCAAGACGACUGGUCUAAAAUCAGGCUACUAAAAAUGAACGUAUUUAGAUGUCUAAAUUUAGACCAACUAUAGACUAGCUGGCUAACAGAGGUCUAACUGUAUAUUGCUCAACAGCUAUCAUCAUUAUUUUGGUUAAGUACUUUGAGAUCAGUUAUGCAACUCACAGUUGUUUUUUUGAAAUAAAAAGUUAUCAAAUAAUGGGUUAAAGUGCAACGUCUAAAUUCUGUCUAAAAAUAUACAGAAUCUAGACGGUUGAAAUUAGGUCUAAAAAAAUAAUAGCCGUCUAUUGCUUAGUGGGCUGUUUGAUAACACAAUAUAUUUGAGGAGCUUGUGUGAUGUUGAACAGGUGUAGAGGUUCUUGUUUAGGAUCUUUCCCUGAAGUACAGGGUGCCAUUUAAGGGACUUGAGUCUGGUACCAAAUUAUCGGAGGUCUUCAUAUUACUCAAUUCAACCACCAUGAAUUUUUUUUUCCAAUGGACACAGGGUUCCUGCGCAGUAGGGCUGGUACGAUAUGCUUUUCUCCCAAUUUGAUUCUUCCAUGAUUUUUUGGAUGCCAAUUCAAUUUAAAUUGUGAUUUGCUGAUUUUCUCAAUAUUCAGUCUGCAUUUUUAACACCAGUGAAACAGCUGAAUGAUUAUGAUUGUCUACUGACUAUUCCAGGAACUAUAUUUCCCCCAAAAAUACACAUCGCAUGUAAGUCAGUUUUUAAGAUUUAUUCUUAAAUUUGAAAAAGAAAAAAAACAAUUUUUGAAAACAAAAAUUGAUUUAAAAAUUGUAAAACAAAAAAUUUUAAUACCUUUGUGAAUAGUUUUUUUUCUCCCACCCCUACUAUAGAAGUAUGGGAAAGAAUGGAAGUAAUGGAAGUUUUCUAAAAUAGAAAAGUAGGUAUUUCCAAAAAUAAAUCUAAAAGUAGGGUAUGGAAGAGUAUGGGAAUUCCAACUGUGUAGGAACCCUGUGACAGGUUUUAAAAAACUAUAAAACCUCUGAUAGGAAACGAUUUGUUAAGACAUCAAAAAAUGUAUCCGCACCAGCCAUCAAAAAACUGAUGUCGGUCAUCCACUAAUAUGCAUGCCUUGUUGUAUUGAUUGGACAGUGGAGCCGCCCCGUCAGAAUGAUGUGCAGCCUCCCGCUCCCAGUUCCUCUUCCAGCCACGCCCCACCCCCCUCCAGCUCAUCUCGUUACCGGGAACGCCGCUCCCGCAGGACACACAGGGGCGGCGGAACUAGGGAUGACCGCUACAGAUCAGGUAAGAACAACCAAAGCAAAAAAACAAAGGUAUCAGAUGGGCACAGCAUUUACAUCCCCUGCACCAACCACUGAGGACAGAUAUUAUAAUUCACUCUGCAGCACUCACACUCGCCUUACGGUAGUCCCACUUGUUAAGCCAGACACUGGGCUUUUUCAAAAGGACCAAUUAGUUACAAGUUUUUGUGUGAUGGUGUGUGUGUGUGUGUGUGUGUGUGUGUGUGUUAUUUGAGGGGCUGUGAGAGACAAAAGUUUAGCCCUGCAGCUGGGGAGCCCCUCAGUGAGGACCCCCACUCAGCGAGAGCAGAGUGAUGUCACUGCCUGGCUAUGUGCGAGGAAAACAGGGGGGGAUGCUGAUGCAGAGGGGAAAACCUGAGACUUGCAAGAGUAAAAGAAACAGAGAGGUGAAAGAGCACACAGCAUAUGAGGAGGGAGUCAGACUGUCUCUUCCUGAAUGUUUUUUUUUUUUUUUAGCUAUUCUUGCCUCUCAUUAAAAAACACCCUCAUACUCCAGCGAGCAAAAAUACAGCGCUGAUGUAUCCAAAGACAAUUUAUAAGGCUGGGAUUUUCUGGAAAAUGCUUCAUUGGCACAGAAAAAUCUGACCAGAGACGUAAUAUUUUUAUCUGAUGGAGGGACUCAGAAGGAGAUGGGGGAGGAGGAUUCAACACAGGGAGGAUUAAGGCUGCAAAAAUAGAGUCGGAGCAAAAUUGAGUUUGGGAAAUAGCAAAGAAAUGAAUUCAGUGGAGUGAGAGAAAGUAGCUCUGCAUAGGCUUCUGGUUCAACAAAGAAGUGCAGUAGUGAAGUUCUGAAAGGCAGAAAAAGAUGAUGAGGGAAUAAUGAGCAUUGUGCUGCAUGAGUUUACCGUCUGUUUUAUUCUGUCUACUUGGAGCACUUUAAUAGAAGUAUUAUGGUUAGACAAGUCUCAAAAUGAGCUUGGAGGCAAGUGUGGCUUAGAUUUUACAUGAAACUGUCAUUAGUGUAGCUGGUAAUGACUGUACAAUGAGACUUUGAAAGACACACGUACAUUUUUACCACAUUUAAUGCCAAAAAAGAAAAGGAAGUGCUGUGGUUUUUUUAAUUUAAACACAGCCGGGACUAAAACACUGAGCCAAGUGCUAACCUUUGCAUACUAAAUCGCCUAUAUUGACUACUUACACACUUUGGACAUGUGUAACAGGCAACUUAGUAAAGAAGACAAAUCAGGAAGAUGCAAGACGUUCUCCAUAUUUACAGUGUUGGCAUACAAACUGUAGGUUUAGCCCACAGACUGAGUAAAACAUAAACGUGGUCUUUACGAUGUCAGCUGUUGGUUUCUGAAGUGGACAUAUUGGAAAUGCCAACUCAACCAAAGUAUUGGUUAACCUAGCAUAAAAGAAAAAGGUAAAGUUGAACUUAAAGGGAUAUUCCGGCGUAAAAUUAAAUUAGUGUCAAACACACCAUAACACCGAGUUAGACACCGCCUCGAGAGAUGAAUGUUGUCGACUGCUUGUUUCUCUAGUUAUACUAACUUAAGUAACGACUGCAGGAUAGCAAUACGCAGCGGUCUGAGGAGCCAUAAACAAACCUCAACCAAAACGCCACUCUGUAGCCACAAAUAAUGCUCAGAACAGCACCUAACUUCAUCAACAGUACAUAUAGGGUCCCAGCCAUAGUACUAGCCGCCAAACAUCUUUUUAACUUUGACUAAUUUCUCUAGCAAAGAGACUAAACACAACUCACCUACUCUCUUCCAGCAGCCGCUUGUUUGUAGGAAGACCUCAGGCCACUGACAAGAGACUGCCUCAUACCCAGAGCAGCUAGAAACCCAGUGUGCAUAAAAAAAAUUAUCAUAGGAGAAGGUGAAACACUGCAGCACUGAGUUACAGAAAUUAAAGUAUUUAACAUUUGUAGACUGCAGAAAAUAGAGAGCAGAAAACAGCCCUCCUCUUAUUAUUACUCCCUUAAAGACUUUUAAGUGUCAACAGUUUUUUUGUGUCUCUUCAUUUACAAUAUACUGCGUAAACUAUUCCUUUGCUUCAGAUUUGUAAUGGUAAACUAAGAGGAGUGUAUGCAGGAUAAUACUGGAUUAAAGUCUUAGGCUGUCAGUAUGUAUCAGAGGUAAUUUAAGCUGGUGUGAAACACACCGCUAGCCUCCACACACCCCGUCGAGCUUAUCGCCACAGAGACAGCCCUCAUCCUCCCAGACAUGGGUAAGAAGUCAUCCUCCCCUGACGCUCCUGUGUGUGUGAGGGUGGACGUUGGCACAUAAAGAGAGAAGAUGAUUUCGCUGCAGAAUGCCAGUUAUGUAAUAAUAGACCCCGCUGCUGCUGCUGCUGUGUAAUGAGCCGCGUUGAUGAUUUUUAUAAACGCGUUGAUGUUUGAAACGGAAAUUGUGUCCCUAGAGUUUAUGGAUGUGAUUUGUCAGCGAGUGGGCUUUCAUGGCUCCUGUCUUGUUAUGUAGUCUUUGUGUGUGUGUGGUUGUUAACAUGGUCCUUCUGAAUGUGCCCGUGGGUGUCAUCAAAUGUAAGUGCGUCUGCGUGUAUUAUCUAUCAUAUGCAUGUGUGGGCUAACACACAGCUUGGUUCUCGCCUCUCCUCAUCAUUCUCUUCAGGUUAUCUCCUGAUUUCUUUACUUUUUGUUUUUCAUAAUUGAACAACAUGAUCCUUCUUCUUUAAAAAGUAUUUGAGAUUUAAAAAGAACUUGAAUUCUGUAAUGAAAAGUUAGGGGACAGAAAUGCUGCGGUUUCCACACUAGUUGACCAUCAAACAAAUGAAGCAUAGAUGACCAUAGGUUGCACAUCUAAGAGAGAUGAAAGCAGAGUAACAUCAGCUGUUUUUCUUUCUUUGAUUGGUGCAGUUUAUUACAUUUUUGAUUUAAAAAAAUUGGACACUUGUACUUGCUUAGUUUUUGGUUUGUGACUACCUCCCUGUUCUUUUGAUCUUUACUUUUACAUAAGUUUAUACUUUUACAAAGCAUUCUUACCCUCUGGGACAACUGGUACCUUUUUAAAGGAACUUUUGAAUUCUGGCUUCAUUUUUACUUCACAAAGUUAUAUUUCACCUGACGCACAGGCACCAGCUUUUUUGUGUGUUUUUUUGAUCGGGAUAGCCAAACUGGGGCUUUUUGAGGAGUGGUCAGGCCAGGUAAAUAUUAGGGGUGAGAAUCACCAGUGGCCCCACGAUACAGUAUUAUCACAAUACUUGGGCCACGAUACAGUAUUAUUGCGAUUUUUAACAUUUUUCAAUACAUUGAGUAUUAGGAUACAAUAUAAUGCAGUUUAUAAAAAUAUUUUCUAGUAUUUGGCUUUCCCUUAUGUUUGUCAUAUUUACGCUGUAUUUAUUUUCAUGUUGCACAUCUUGCAAAUCUUAUAUUUACAGUCCAGGUGUGCCAAGCUUGUUGCAUCAUACACAAGAAGACUGGAGGCUGUAAAGGGUGUGAAAACUUAUGCAUAUGCAACAUUUGAGUGUCUUAUUUUUAAUAAAUUUGCAAAAUGUUCUAAUAAAAGUUUUUAGCUUUGUCAUUAUGGGGUAUUUUGUGUAGAAUUUUGGAGGGAAAAGGGGAAUUUAAUCCAUUUUGGAAUAAGGCUGUAACAUAACAAAAUGUGGAAAAAGUGAAGUGGUAUGAAUACUUUCCGGAUGCACUGUAUUUGUUGUACUAACUUUCUCCUGCUCUAUGAUGUCACCUCUGCCAACCUCACUGACAAACAGUUGAUUUUAUUUUUCUGUUGUCAUAGAUUUGACUUUUUAUUAACAAUAAAUUUGAAAAAUCGAUACUUGGUAAAUGAGACGAUACGAUAUAUCACCAGGCAAAAUAUCGCAAUACUAUGCUGUAUCGAUUUUUUCUCCCAUCCCUAGUAAAUAUUAGAGUUUAUCCCCUACUUACAUCUGCUCAACUUCUAAUAUUAGAGAAUUCGAAAAAUAUGAUACUGAAGGAGGAAACUCAACAUUUAAAUCUGAUGAAAUUAAAAACUGAAGAAGACGUUUGUCCGCAGUCACCAUUUACAGAAUCAAUGAAAGAAAAUGUUCCAUACUAAAUUUCAAAGAAGCUUUAAGAAGCUGUUUAAUACAACCUGAAUAAUUGAUUUUAAUAUUAGUGCAGAGAUCUGGAGGACUCAGCUCAGGAGAAAUUAAAGCGGUAUUCAGGAAAAAAGCUGUAAUAUCAGUGUCAAUUAUUAAGCCAGAAGUGAAAAGCUCUGAACUCUGAGUAAGAACAACAAACUGUAAGAAAACUAUCCCUGAAGACAUAAAACAAACAGUAUAUAAAGAUGACCACGAGUAUGGGUAUAACUGCAUGCUCUCUUUUGUGAAUUCAUCCCUAACUUCCUAACAUCCCUGAUCAAAGUGUGUAUUUUUUUCUGCCCAUCUAGAUGUACACACUGAAGCAGUUCAAGCUGCUUUGGCCAAACAUAAAGAGGAGAAGAUGGCGCUCCCCAUGCCUACAAAGCGACGCUCCACCUACGUGCAGUCACCCAUUGAAACCCGAACACCACCAGGUAGGACAAGAAUAAACCUCAAAAGUUUGUCUUACAGUCCAGAGGAUGAAGUUCCUCAUGACUUCUGUUUGUCCAGACUCCUCAUCAGGUUCUGAAGAUGAGACAGCCAUGCGCCGGCAGUCUUCCGUGGUCGCUCCUCCACCUGCGGUCCAUCCCAACCUGCAGAGUCCGGAUGCAUGGAUCAACCGGACCGUCCAGGGUUCUUCCACCUCAUCGUCAGCCUCCUCCACCCUGUCCCACGAGAGAGAGGCCAGACCGCAGCCUCAGAGUCACGCUCAGCCUCAGCCUCAGUACAAACCCCAGUACCAGCCUCUUUAUCAACCUCAGUACCAGCCACAGUAUCAACCCCAAGAACACCCACACGCUGCAGCCGUGACUAACAUGAUGGCGCACAGUCGCAUCGGUAAGACCCUCAAAACGGACUUAAAGGCAUGGUUGACGAUCCGAGAAGCAGUUGGAAAAAACUGAGCCAUUGAGACAGAUUUGAAAAAAGUGUCCCACCCCCCCACACACAAACCUCUCCCCUCUGUGCUCCACGAUAACUCCCAUGUUGACAUUGCAGGGACUAAUAAGAGUUAUUUAUGUAACAUGUGCCACGAUAAAAGGCAAAAAUUACUGUCGACUCUGCCCUUUCUUCUGUUGGCUUGCCUUUUUCUUAGCACUUCUGGCGGUGGGGCAAGAAGAGGGUUUUUUUUUUGUGUCCUUCUCCUUAACAGCUCCUGUAGCUAAGCUGCUACGCUACUUUUAGCCGCUCAGAGCUCCGAGGAGGGUCGCGUCGGGAGAGUGGGAGGGGAUGAGUCGGAACUACGGGAGAGGGGUGUGUCGAAUACAGUGAGGUGAUUGGAUGGAGAGGCAGAGCAGGAGAUUGACCAAUAGAAGCUGUCUGGGACGGAUGGCUCCCAUUGGUCAAUGUUAUUGAACAGAUCUUUUCCAUUCUUUUUUCUCUUCACUUUGUGGAGAUCACACUACAGGACCAUGAUCUCCACAUAAACGAGGUUCAUAAUAAUUACCAAUCACUCCAAUCGUCAACCAUGACUUUAAAGGGGGAUGAAGACUAAUAAUUGAAACAGCAAGCACAAUUUAAUAUGAUUUAUCUUUAACAGCACUCAAAAAUAUCUCUAAAACAAUGAAAAAAUGCUUUGCCUUUACUAUAUUCAAAACUUAACUGCAUCAUUAAAAUGUGCAAAUUGAGUAAUUAUAUACUCUUCUGCAGAUGUAGAUUUAAAAAUGGAUCACUAGCAGAUUCUUUCAGAUUAUUUUCAGCUGAUUCACUCCAAAGUUUUCUCAUUUCUAAAGGGGAACCAUUUUUCUCUGUACUGAUCUUGUCCUCUGCAUGUUCAAGUCAUGUUUCUCACAAAAAUCUGAAAUUGCCUUUAUAACAGUCCAACACAUCUCUCUCUCCAUAAAUCCUUGCCUUAGGAAAUGUCGACAAAGGAUGUGUUGUAGAUUGCUGUGCUUGACACCUGUUCCCGGCAGCAUUAACAUGCAUUGGAAAUAAUUAUAAUGAAGUGAAAAAGCUCCAUCUCUUUUGCUUUUGUAGGAGCAUCGGGACCUCUUUCUAUCUUAUUUAUAGGUGUUCAAACAGAAUUCGGGUUUUUAACAGUCAAAUACUGUUUUAUGUACAGUGCCUGUCAAAUUUGUGAGCUCAGAUUGUCCUUCUUUUCUUCACCUACAGCCCCUGCAGAGAAUAAUGCCCCACCUCCAGAUGUGACAGCUAUGGCCACUCAAUCCCGGGGCCCACGGGUGGACCUGCCCUCUAACGCUGUGGUCCGAGGGAUGAGCCGGGGGCAAAGCCGAUCUAGCAUGAUGGAGACUGCGGACGGUAAGGACUGCAUCUCAAGAUUUUUGAUACGUUUGUGUGUCUAUGUGGGAGCUGACUCCAUUCACAGAUCUCUUCUAUCUUCAAAUAAGCAUCACCUCAAAUCAUGACUUUUCAUUAAUCCGACUCUACUGCUUUCUUCUCUUCUUGAUCUUUCUCUGUCAUGUCACAUUGUUAUGUGACCUGCUGGUAGGAAGAGGUAAUUUCCAGAGUAAGGAAACUCCUUCAUUUAUUAUGUCCUGAGCCUUCUGUGUUUGCUGGUGUUCCCUUAUUCUCCCUCCUGUUUGUAAUGAAUGGUUAAAGAGAUAAAUGCAACCGAAACAAUAUCCACAGAAUGAAUCCUCACGUGUGAUCCCAAACCGACCAAAACUAGCAACCUUUACCCCCCAGUUUUCACCAUGUUCUCCUUGUGUUGUUGCCACCUACAUAUGCUGCUUCUCACUCCUAGAAACGAUGAAAACCAAUCACAAAUUCAGCUGUAAAUACAUUUAAUUUUGUUCUGGGGUGUAGAGCAGCAUGGUAAGGCGAUGGAAAUAAGUUUGACCAUGUUGGGUUUUGUCACUGAAUGUACAAACCACCGGGUGUGUGACUGUGUGUUUGUCCUGCUGCUGUCUCUCUCCACCGUCAUCCUGCAUGUAGGAGUUCCUGUGAGCAGCAGAGUGUCCACUAAGAUCCAGCAGCUGCUCAACACCCUGAAGCGGCCAAAGAGGCCGCCACUCAGCGAGUUCUUCACCGAUGACGCUGAAGAGAUAGUGGAAGGUACCCUGCUUCAAAAUCUUAUACUGACCCAACACUGACUUACACUAUCGUGGAGGCAUUUGUAUUUCUUAAAAUCUAGCAACCCAACCUUUGGCUUUGCACUAAUAAAGGACCCUUAUUAUAUUGUUUUACUCGUGUUACAAAGGAUCUAAAGUUACUGCAGCUCAAGGGUAAAACAUAUAUUCUAUUAUAGAGGGCAGUGCAUUUUCUUUUGCAGAGAAUAAGUUCAAGGAAGUCUGAACAGACGUGAUACAGUAGACCAACAAUAAUGAAAGGAAAGCUAAUGAACAGUGGCAGAAAAUUUAAUGACAUUUACCAUAAUUAGAGUUAAACUACCAGUCUGUUUAUCUAUUUAACUAAAAGUAAAAAGUACUUCAUUUUAAAUGUACUUUAAUGUACUGAGUGCAUACUUUAGACUUGUGGUGGCAGCUGUUGGAGGAGUAAGAUAUGCCCCUGAUGUUAUCUUUAGAUAUAUUAUCCAAAACUCAUAGCUGUAAUAUUAAGACAGAGUAUUAGGGCCACAUCAAGAAAAAAAAAUAAAUAAUAAGACUUGGAGAUUAAAGUCUUUAAUUUACGAGAAUGAAGUUGUUACUAACGAGAAUAAAGUCAUUACUAAUUAGAAUAAAGUUGUAAUAAAAUAAUUAUUAAUGAGAACAAAAUCGUAAUAAAACCAUUGAUACUUAUGAUAAUGUGGUGCUGAUGUGCCGAAAGUUUCUCCUUGUUUGAGAAACCUAUAUUGAAGUACAUUUUCACGAAAUGCUCCAUGGCUCUUAUUUCAACAACUGUCAUCUUAAACAACAGGUUAGAACUUAAGGACUUUAUUUAGACUCUAUUCUCCUAAGUAAUUAUUUAAUUACGGCUUUAAUCUCCUAAGUAAUGUUACGUCUUAUUCUCGUAAGUAGUUACUUUAUUAUGACUCUAUUCUUGUAGGUAGUUACUUUGUUACAACUUUAUUCUUGUAAGUAGUUACUUUGUUACGACUUUAUUCUUGUAAGUAGUUACUUUAUUACGACUUUAUUCUUGUAAGUAGUUACUUACAACUCCAUUCUUAAUGACUUUAAUCUCAAAGUCUUAAUUUUUUUUGGUCUUAAUUUGGCCCUAAUACUCUGUCGUAUAAUAAAACCAACAGCACAAUGCGUGAAAUUAUUUUGUCUUUACUGCAUGUUUUGUUCGUAUUGCACUUUGUAGAUGGUCCCUGCACACAGAGGCUGAUGUGUACAGAGGAAUGCUUUUAAGAGCCCAAGAUAAAAACUUAAUUGAUUGUAAAAUGUCUGCCAAUGCAGCUAGCGAAAUUUCCUUGAAAUGUUUCUUAAAACAAAAUUUUAAACAAUACAAGGAACUAAAAGAAAAGGAUCUUGGCUUUGAAUUUCUUGAAAUAAGGUUAAGAUAGGAUUAUGGCUUUUAAGUGUAUAAUUGCUUGUAUCAAGAGUAAUAAGGUGUUUUUACCAGAAAGAAGACAAAGCCAUGUGGUAAAAUUUGAGCUUUUUGCAGCGUUGACUUCAUCCAAACAGCUGGCCUUUAUACAGCUGAGGCAUAGCUUGGUGUGUUUUAGCCGUAACUAAUGGUAUGAAAAAUAUAGCAGAGUGAAGUACUUCUAACACUGAACUUCAGUGCUUUUAACAAGUACUGAUUUAAAAAAAAAUAACUCUAAAAAGACAUAAUACUCAAAAAAGCUUCAAUUACAGUAAAAGCAGAAAAUGUGUCUAGUUAAUUUCCCUCCCUGCUGAUAGAUCCUCAUUUAUUAAGUCUAAUGUAUAUCAUUAAGUGUUCUUUUGUCUCUCACAGUGCCCACACCUGACCCCAACACCCCCAAACCAGAGGGCCGUCAGAUCAUGCCAGUAAAAGGAGAGCCUUUGGGAGUGGUCAGUAACUGGCCCCCAGCCCUGCAGGCAGCACUGGCUCGAUGGGGGGCCACUCAGGGGAAAAGUCCUGCGCUCACUGCUCUUGACAUCACAGGCAAACCCCUCUACACGCUGACUUAUGGUGAGACAGGACUGUUAAUAUGUCUGCAUUAAUGUUGUCAAAUCAAAGCAGUAAAAUACAGCGAGUGGGAGUUUAAAGUGAAAGGUACUUUGUCAUGUUUAGAGCUUUCGUGUUACGAGUUCAUCGAGGUUUUGUAGAGUUAUGUGCGCAUUAUGUUACGUGACUAUUUUCUGGCAGUGAUAAGACAUAUAACCCACUCCCCAUCCCUGCCUGCUCCACCUUCUGUCUGUUAGGGAAGCUGUGGAGUCGCAGUGUGAAGCUGGCGUACACUCUCCUGAACAAGUUGGGUGCCAAGAACGAGCAAAUCCUCAAGCCUGGGGACAGGGUGAGAGAGCUAGCACACGCAAAACACAAACACAGCCAUAUGCACAUAAAGUGAUGUCAUGUUGUUGAGUUCACUGAGUGCAGAGGAAUACAACAUUUCAAAGAUUUACAACAAGAUGCAGCAGUCCUUUAAUUAAAACCCUGUGUUUUCAACAUCACCCACUUUGAUGUGCACAGAGCACCUGAUCCCUAACAGAAGAGGUUUAUUAUUACUGACAUUUCAAUUACCUCUAAAUGGCUACAAACAGACUAAAAAAAAACAUUUACAGCCAAAGUAGAAAUGCAUUUUGGUUGUUUGAUCGGCUUUUUGUCAUUAAACUGGCAAAACUGAAAAAAUGUCUCAUCAGACUUAGUAUCUGUCGAGUCGCAAAGUUUCUAAUAAUGCUUAAAAUCUAACAAUUAUCUUAGCAACAUUUCUUUUUUUUUCAAUCUUAUUUUGUGUUUAAAGGGAUAUUCUGGCAAAAAAUUAAGUUAGGGUCAAACACACUCUAACAUCGAGUUAGACACCCCCUCCAGAGAUAAAUGUUGCCGACCACUUGUUUCUCUAGUUAUACCAACUUUAGUAACGACUGCAGAUAGCGAUUAAGAGAGCCACACGCUCAACCAAAAAGCCACUUUAUAGCCACAAAUAAUGCUCCGAACAACACCUAACUUCAUCAACAGUACAUAUAGGGUCCCAGCCAUAGUACUAGACACCAAACAUUGUUUUAGCUUUGCCUAAUUUCUUGUUUCACACAACUCACCCUCUCUCUUCCAGCAGCGGCUUGUUUGUAGAGAGACCUCUGGGCGAGUCCAUCAACUGCAGUGGGGUGGCACAGCUCAAGGAAGAACAUUUAUGAUAAUUUCCUCAUGGAAAUGCAAUCAGACCGAGACGCUAAGGCAGAAGAACUACCGCGUCUGCAGAGCAAAAUGAUUAAUAUGGUGAUUAUUACUUAAAAAAAAAAAAGAUAAAGUCAUGAUCAUAAAUGUUCUUCCUUGAGCUGCGUCACCCCACUGCAAUCGAUGGGCUCGCCCAGAGGUCUCCAUACAAACAAGCGGCUGCUGGAAGAGAGAGGGUGAGUUGUGUUUAGUCUCUUUGCUAAAGAAAUCAGGCAAAGUUAAAAAGAUGUUUGGUGGCUAGUACUAUGGCUGGGACCCUAUAUGUCCUGUUGAUGAAGUUAGGUGCUGUUCUGAGCAUUAUUUGUGGCUAUAGAGUGGCGUUUUGGUUGAGCGCCUCUCUGUAUUGCUAUCAUGUGGUUGUUACUAAAGUUGGUAUAACUAGAGAAGCAAGCGGUCGGCAACAUUCAUCUCUCAACGGGGUGUCUAACUCUGUGUGUCCCUUUAAGUUCCUCUUUAAAACGGUUCUAGAUUCAAAGUUGAAUGUCUUGGUAGGUGGCCCUCGUUUACCCCAACAGUGACCCGGGGAUGUUCUGGGUGGCUUUCUACGGCUGCCUCCUGGCUGAAGUGAUCCCCGUACCUAUUGAAGUGCCACUGUCUCGCAAAGUAAGAAAACUCUCAUGUAACAUGACUAUUCUUCGAUUUUAUAUAUAUAUAUAUAUAUAUAUAUAUAUAUAUAUAUAUGUAUUUUUUAAACUGUGAAUAUGUAUUUGUUUGUAUUGUAGGAUGCAGGAAUCAGCCAGGUGGGUUUUCUGCUCGGUAGCUGCGGUGUAGGUCUUGCUCUGACCAGUGAGAUCUGUCUCAAAGGUUUGCCCAAGACACCAGCAGGAGAAAUAAUGCAGUUUAAAGGUCAGUGAUCUCUUUCCAUAACUUUUCAUUCUCUGUUAUGAAAAAUCACAGAAAGUUAAUAACAUCAGUUCAUCUUCACCAAUUUUUGACCUUAAAAUGAAUGAAUGUACUCUGUGUUUUAGUUAUUAAUGCUUUCUCGCACUUUUAUUAGUUUACAUGAUUUAUUUCACUCUCUCUGACUGAUGCUCUUCUCUGUUAGGCUGGCCCCGAAUGAAGUGGGUAGUCACUGACUCAAAGUACCUAACCAAGCCGUCCAAAGACUGGCAGCCGCACAUCCCGACUGCCAACACUGACCCUGCUUAUAUAGAGGUAACUUACUGCUGCAUGAAACUGAAACAUGAUUGUGUGGUUUGAUAUGAAAAGAUAGGUGUGUCUUGGUUGAUCAACGUCGUGUUCAGAUUUUGCCUUCUUAUUUCUUGUGUAGUACAAAGCCAGUAAGGAGGGCACUGUUGUUGGUGUGGCAGUGUCUAAAGUAGCCAUGUUGACCCACUGCCAAGCUCUGACGCAGGCCUGCAACUACUGUGAGGGUGAGUGUGGACCUGAGCUGCUGUCGUCAUCCAUCACCUGAAGGUUGCUCCGUCAAUAUGUCGUUAUCCGUCUAAAGUCACUUCUGUCUUUCCUCUCUUCUAGGGGAAACUUUAGUGAAUGUCCUGGACUUUAAAAAAGAUAUGGGCCUUUGGCAUGGAGUUCUGACGGUAAGUGAAUUCCAACUCACACAGGGAUGUGAGUACAAAAAUUAAAUGCUCACAUGCAAACUCAAGGAAGUAUUGCCCAUUUAAUGUUUUGUUAUGCCGUUAAAACUCAGUUUCUUUGCUCUGGGGCUUUCAAGUAUUACUCUCAGAGUUAUUUCAUGAUGCUGGUUAUCAGAUAUCAGGAACAGACCAGGAAAAGGGUUAUAUAUGAGUUAUAUAUAUAUGAGUUCACUUCAAGUAUCUAGUAGACUGAUAAAAUACCCUAAUAAUGGAUUUUAUAGAAGACAGGAGACACGUGUGGUUUAUUGGGACUUGAUGCAGUUUAUUUUUUCAUUCGAGCACUUAUAAUUUACUUCCAUCACUUCAAAAUAGAUUGAUAAGAUGUUACCAGCCAAGCUGUCUUUUCUCCCUUUUAUUCAAAGCUCCUUCAUAGUUACCUCUUUUAAAUCAUUGUUUUUUUUUUCAUAACUUGGAUACCUCUAAAUGAGAUUUUGUCAGAUUUCCUUUUAUCAACACCAUUUGAUGUAUUUUUUAUUUGUGUUCUUUAGUCUUUAAAAGGUUUUUUUUUCUUAUUUAUCAUAUUCAUACUGUCAUUUUUUAGUUAUUUAAUAUAGUUCAUUGGCGGUUGAGGACAUUUUUACAGAUGUACAAAGUAAACGAAAGCAAACCCAAUCAUUCCGCUCUUCCUUGCAUUAACAUCUCAGAAAUAAGUAAGUCAAGCUGCAAGGUGUUGCAGGAUAUGAAGACGAAAUUAUUAUCAUCUGAGAAAUAUUUUUGUAUGUCAGAAACGUGUAAACUCAAGCACUUUGCAUUAAGUUGAAAAAGUCUGAAUUGAUAAGAUGAAUAUCUCAGAAUUACGGGAACAGUUUAAAUGGAAAAAUAAAUAUACUCUUUUUUUUUCUGAAUCAAAGAAACACUGAUUCCUUUAAAUCCCACUGGACUCUCUCUUUAAUCCACUCCAGGAGACAAACAUUCCUUAAGUAUUAACUUUAAUCCAGUAAUUUAGUGGUUUGGUUUUGAGGCAUAGGGAGAUACUCAUGUCUUAAAGUAACAUAAAUGGUUUUGUGAUAAGUUUGUUGACUUUUUUGCAGCUCCUUCAGGGCUUUGCAGUUUUUAAGUUAUUAAGCCUGUUCUGAUCUGCUGGACAUUGCAGUGUUUUUGCAGGAGCAGUUGAGCCUAUGUGGAGAAAAGAUGACGCUCCUAAAAGGCUGUCAGGGUGGCAAGGUAGUUACUUAGGAGACAGUUUGGCGAUUGCUGAAAAUACUGGAGACCUACAGAGAGCAACUAAGGCACCGUAUCUAAUAAACUGGAAAAAAGAGAGCAGUUUUUUGUUUAUUCUUCAAUUUAUCUUGUGGAUUUAGAAAUAAAUGGGAUUUUUUUUUCUCAAGUGAAUGUUGUAUGCUUAUGUAUAUGUAUAAUGAUUCAUUUCUAGGCUGUGAUGAACAGGAUACACACCAUCAGUGUUCCCUAUGCAGUGAUGAAGGCCUGUCCUCUCUCCUGGGUGCAAAGGGUCCACGUAAACAAAGGUAUGAUCAAAUCAGAUCAGAGCCACACAGAAGAAUUUAAUCCACGUUACAUCACUCCUCUUUUAUUCCUUGUGUAGCUCGUGUAGGUUUAGUGAAGUGCCGGGAUCUUCACUGGGCCAUGAUGGCUCAUCGGGACCAGAGGGAUAUUAGCCUGGCUUCAUUACGGAUGCUGAUAGUGGCUGAUGGUGCUAACCCCUGUGAGUACUUUAUAACACCCCUCAUGUUGUAAAACAAGUUUGUACAUAUGAAAUAUCAUAUGUUUAAUCCGACGUCUCUUGCUAUCCAGGGUCGGUUUCGUCAUGUGAUGCCUUCUUGAACGUGUUUCAGUCACACGGGCUGAAACCUGAAGUCAUCUGUCCCUGCGCCACGUCCCCUGAGGCCAUGACAGUCGCCAUACGCAGGUAUGUACACCUGUUGUGUCGCUGUAUGCCGGUAUUUCUACUUUUGGACACAAUGUAUGAGGUUUUUACGGUGGCUGAGAACCGCCACUGCUGCAAAUAAAAAAAGAAUGCAAAAAAAGAAGUCACAACAGAGGUUACUAGAAACCGAAGCCUGCUGCAAAUAAAAAAAGAAAUGGUGCAGAUUUAAAAAAAAAAAACUACAACGGAAGUUAACAACGCAAAAAAAAAAGUGGCGAUGGAAAAAAAAGUUACUUACUGCGAAAAUAAAAAGAUGCAAAUCAAAAAAGCCACAACGGAAGUGAGCUGCCGGGGACCAAUAAUGAUGAUACACUGAUGUUUUACGAUCUAGGUACAGAAGAUGAUGGCGAAAAGACGAGCAAAGAAGUUAGUGGAAAGGUUGUUGUUUGUGUCAUUUGGUUAGACCAUGUAGCGCCUGAGUCAAUAUGAAGUUGAUCUAGAGGAUGCUGGUGUAGUGCUAGCUUCAGCUCAACUUCAUAUCGACUCAGGCACUACAUGGUCUAACCAAAUGACACAUUGAAAAGCACACAAAGCGAAAUUAAUCAAUAACCUUUCCACUAACUUCUUUGCUCGUCUUCUCGCCAUCGUCUUCUGUGGCUAGAUCAUAAAACACUGGUGCAUUUCAUUAUUAAUCCCCGGCAGGUCACUUCGAUUGUGGUUUUUUUGAUAUGCAUCCUUUUAUUUUCGCAGUAACAAGUAACUUUUUUUUUUUUUUUUUGCUUCGCCACUUUUUUUGCGUCGUUAACUUUCGUUGUGGCUUUUUUUUAUCUGCACUGUUUCUUUUUUUAUCCGCAGCGGGCUUCGGUUUCUUUUUUUUUUCAUCAGUAACUUCCAUUGUGACUUCUUUUUUUGUGCAUUCUUUUUUUUUUUAUUUGCAGCAGUGGCGGUUCUCGGCCACAGUAGAUUUUUAAAAACACAAUAAACAGUAAAAAGGCUUUUUCUCUUAUCCUGAGCCUCUAAUUCCACUGACUUCCCGCAUUAAAACAGCAUAACAGAUCAAAGCAGACAAAGAAAAAAACGACAGCCUCACUCCAGGCUUUUAUUCAUGAUUACCAGUGAUUACCAGUAGGUCGGAUGUAGAUGUAGUGUGGGUUGGUGGGCAGAUGGCUAACUGCAAGAACAGAUGGGAUACACCAAGGUGUCCGUGUUUGACUGAAACUCUCUCCUCUGUAGACCGGGAGUCCCUGGAGCACCCCUCCCUGCCCGAGCCAUCCUCUCUAUGAGUGGCCUGAGUCAUGGUGUCAUCAGGGUGAACACUGAAGAUAAAAACUCCGCCCUGACUGUACAGGAUGUGGGGCAUGUCAUGCCCGGAGGUAAGCAAAGAAGGACAGACAGAUGAAUCAAAAAGAAAACAUGAGGACAAGUGGCAGAUAGCUGCUCAUGGGAAAGUCUGACACACAAGAUUUGAGUGUCGGGUACAGAAAAACAGUCAUGACCUUUAAUAAAGUCAGAACAAAACCACACUAAGAAGAAAUGGAUUUGGAAAACACUUUUUUAACAAUGGAAGCUUUUUGUUGCAGCCAAUUCCAGCAGAAGGAGCUUUAUUUCAGCACAUGAACACAACAAUAAGAAUCUUAAAACUAGAAAUUUGCUAAAUUAACCGAGCUGCAGUGACUCAUUCAGACAAAAAACUCUGUAAGUGGAUUUUUAAUUCACACAAACUGAUUGUUGCUUGAAACUUUUAGAAAAUCUGUUUUGGAAAAAAGCUUCAUGUAAAUGUACAAUGUGUAUUUGUUUAUCUAUUUAGUUUAUGUGAUAGGGAGUCUGCAAAUUACAUGGUGCAACUUCUGCUUGUUACAAACCAGCUGAAGUAUGUAGAGGUUACAGCUUUUGCAGAUAUGGGGAAUUAGAAAAUAUUGCAAAUGUUGUCUCUAUGUGUCCCCAGCUCUGAUGUGCAUCGUGAAGCCAGACGGCCCCCCUCAGCUGUGUAAAACAGAUGAAAUAGGAGAGAUAAUAGUGAACUCGCGCGCUGGAGGCAACAUGUACUACGGCCUGCCUGGAGUCACCAAAAACACAUUUGAGGUAUGAAAGCAGUUACGCUGCCUACCUGCCGGUCCUUAUUCCAUCAGAUCUUAGAGUAAUCGAAAUCAAUUCAUUCCUUCACACAAUCAGUUUUGGAAAUUGAAUUCGAUCUCAGACCUGGCUUGUACCUUUUAAAUGAUUCAUAGCAUCUUCAGUUGGACUGGAAAAAAUGUAGGAUAUUGAUUAUAAUCACAUAUUUUGCUAAGAAAUGUAUACUUUUACAUUGAAAAGAUGAUGUCCCGCCAACUUUUGAGUUCGUCAUGGAUCAAAUAUCAGCAUUUUUGCCACUGGAAAAAUUAACUUUGAAAAAAAUACAAUUGUGGUUUUAUCUUUCAAGACUUUUGGUCUUCAUUAUUUUUUUAAAAUUGUAAAAUUUCUUUAAGAGGGACCAAAGAUUAGUUGUAAUUUAGUAGGUAUGCAUUUGUAUGUAUGCAUGUGUAUGAAUUUGUUCAUAUACACGUUUGGAUAGAGUUUAUUGAUAUCAUUGUGGCUUCGAUUCUUUUUUUUAAAUAUAUUAUUUAUUCAUACAUUUACUUAUUUUUCAUAUUUUGUUCCACUUUAAUGUGCUUGUCUGAUUCUGUACUCAUUUAUUCAUAUACAGUAUAUAUAUAUAUAUAUAUAUAUAUAUAUAUAUAUAUAUAUAUUUUUUUUUUCUGUUCUGUAUCCUUAGGGAAUAAUGGGGAGGGUUGGAAAUUAUGUGGUUAAAAAAAAAAAGCAGACAUUUUCUUUGGUCAUAUCGUUGUGAAAUAAAAAAAAUCUUUAAGUUGGAAAAGAAGAAAAUCUACCUGACUGUGUGUCCUUGUGUUCAGGUGAUACCAGUAAACCACAACGGGGUUCCCAUUGGAGAGAUUCCGUUUGUGCGGUCUGGACUUUUGGGAUUUGUCGGCCCAGUAAGUUACACAGUGUCAUCAUUACAGUAAAAUAACUUGAGUCCUUCUGAAAACCUCCUAUCUGUCUGUCUGUCUGUCUGUCUGUUUGAAUGCGUCUGAAUACUUUCAGUGUGAUGACCCACCGUGUGUGUUUUGUGAACUGUGCAGGGCAGUCUGAUCUUUGUGGUCGGGAAGAUCGAGGGUCUGCUGAUGGUGAGUGGGCGGAGACACAACGCCGAUGACCUGGUGGCCACCGCUCUUGCAGUAGAGCCUGUAAAGACUGUUUACCGCGGGAGGUGAGGAGACGAACAAAUUCUCCUUUUAAUGUAAUGUUGUGAUGAAAGAGUGAGGAACUUCAUCGAGGGUGAAUCCUGUUUAGUAGCACUGACACCUGGUGGUUAAAAUGAAGUACUGUGACACCUGAAACUGUAGGAUGUAAUGUUAACAUACAAAUAAGGGGUGCGUGCGUGUAAAAAUCUGAACAAUUUUCAGUACAUGUUUAAAUAUUUGUCUGUGUUUGUGUUUGUCAGGAUCGCUGUGUUUUCAGUCACGGUCUUCUACGAUGAAAGGGUCGUGAUUGUGGCCGAGCAGAGACCAGAUGCCAGCGAGGAGGACAGCUUCCAGUGGAUGAGCCGAGUCCUGCAGGUAAUAUUUCUUUUUUGUAGAUCCUAAACAGAGUAAAAAGUGUGUUUUUGACUUUCUGUAAAAUGGUUUUGUGCUUACUUCCACCUUUCCACCUCUAACUGAGUCAACAUUAGAAACAAAAAAAGUUAUUUGUGGGUAAUUGAGUUUGUCAUUUCUCAGAAAUCUACUCAUUAACCCUCAAAUAUUUGUUUCCUCUCAUGUCAUAUCGCAUUACUUCAUUGUGGGAGAAUAAAAAGCACAUCUUGUAAAAACACAGUAGCCACAUACACACUGACAUGCACAUAUACAUGGUGCUAUAUGUCACCACCGUACAUCGCCUCAGUCACAACCUCAGAGAAAGGCUCAGAGGUGGAAGCUUGGUAAUUCUUUUUCUGCCUGUACUAAAAUACCGCAAAGUUUUCCAUAUCCAUCCACAGUUUCUGUUUUGUUUUGACAAAAAUCACCCUUUUUUGAACAAAGCUAUAUCUUUUUUUUUCUUUACAGGCUAUUGACAGUAUCCAUCAGGUGGGCAUUUACUGUCUGGCUCUGGUCCCUGCGAACACUUUACCUAAGACUCCCCUGGGUGGGAUCCACAUCUCAGACACCAAACAGUUCUUCUUAGACGGUAGCCUGCAUCCCUGCAACAUCCUAAUGUGUCCCCACACGUGUGUCACGAACCUGCCCAAGCCCCGCCAGAAGCAGCCUGGUAGGUGAUACGGAUCUCUUGUGGAAUCUGUAUGAAACUCUUUGCUUAUGGGUUGGAUUGAAUCUGCAAAGAUUUGGAAAACUGCUGACAGUUGUGCAUGUCGAACAGUCCUGGAUUGCCGUGUUUGUAAAUAAGAGCCCAGUUUUGAGUCUUACAUAAGGCACAUGUAGCAGUCUCCAUGUUUUGGAAGAGUGGUAAUCCUGCCAUAUUUACCCUGCAAAGUUCAGCAAAAGUCAUGACACCACCUACACAAAUAUUCACCAAAACAAAACAAUCCAGUAUGAAACAGGGCGACAACAAACAGAACAAACCAAAUGCUAUACCCUGUGAAGUGCAGAUAGCACAAGCAAAAUCUUCUGAAGAGGAAGGUUCAAAUUUCAACAUGACAGCUCACCAUGCAUUCCCCUCCAACCGUUCAAAAUAAGAGAGUUGUACUGUGACAGCAGAGAUGCUUGAAGGUUGAGAGACAUGUUGAUUUAAAUACAGUAAUUACAGUGUUACUUGUUUUAAGUAAAUAUGGAAGUUAUUCAGCCAUUCCUCCUCUUUCCAUAACCGAUAGGUAAACCAGCCACACACUCAAGUACACAGUCUUUUUUUACUUAAUUUACUUUUUUUUACUUAAGUUUUAUUAAAUUUUUAACCACAACAAUACAGAGUAUACAUCUAAAUACAAUACAUUUCUUUUCCUUUUUCCAGCUGUAUGUGUAUUUUUACAAACAUCCACAGAUAAUGUAGGAUUAAAUCAAAGAGAAUAAUCAUAGUAAUCAUCACAAUUAAACAAUGUCCAAUCCAAAAUACAGAUUUACAGGCACAAAUUCUAGUCAGAGGCAGGAUGACUGUAUUUUGAUAUGGACGGAGGUACUUACACCAUAAACAUAAACUGUCAUUGCAUCAAUAAAGGUACCACAAGUUUCCAUCUUUUAAUAAAGGAGGCCCUUUUGAUCUGCUCCAUUUGAUAAAUAUCCCAUACUUUUUGAAUCCAGAUAUUGUAUGAGGGAGGUUCUGGUUUCAACCAUCUGAUUGUUAUAGACUUAAAGGCUGCAGUCGAUAAUAUGUUUAAGAUGUAUUUUCUGAGCUCCUGUCCAAACCUUCAGGCAUUACUCACAGUAUUGCAACCUUGAAGUCUUGCAGGAUCUUCAUUUUAAAAACCUCCUUCCGGGUGUUGAAAACCUCCGUCCAAAACACUCUAUACUUCGCAUUUUAACCUGUAAAAACUACUUCAGGAUAAUAUUAGGCUUGUUUUUCUUCCACUUAUUUUUCUCCUGCUGUUUUUGUCCUAUAGUUGGUGUCGGCCCUGCGUCCGUCAUGGUGGGGAACCUGGUAGCGGGGAAGAGAAUCGCCCAGGCCGCAGGGAGGGACCUGGGCAUGAUCGAGGAUCAGGAUCUAGUCAGAAAGGUAUUUUGAACAAUAAACUUUCACUUCAGCCCAAAUCUCUGACCUGUAACCACACUCCUGUUUUUAAAGGAGCCACGUGUUUGUUUGUGGAGAAUGAGGGUCCUGCGUGUGUGGAAAUGGUUAACACUCAGAUCUGAAAACUGAAGGCUCAGCCACAGCUUAGUUUUCUAGAUGUAAAAACAAUCUGGACCUUUCUCUUUUUCUGCUUUUUCUCUCUCUGGAUGUAGCUCUGUAUGUGGCCAACUGUGAUGGUAAGGACUGUGGCCCCCUUGUGUGGCAUCUUCCCCACACCUCUGUUGAUCUUGUCAUGCCAGAAUCAGUUUCGUAUUGUGGCUUUUAUUUUGUGUGUUUGUAUAAAAUGUGAUGUGAGCAAAAAACGAGCAUGUUAUAGUGAAUGGGUUUUAAACACGAAACUUCUUUGGGCUUUCUUUCACUGCAGUAGCACCAUCUACAUCUUAUGUUAUUGUUCAUUAUUUUAAGGGCUUGAUUGGCUCGGAGUAUGUGGUAUAAAUUCUUCUCAUGCUGCCAAGAGAUAAGUAAUGCUGCACAGCUUCGACUGAGGAAUGCAGUGUCUGAGCUUUACUUUCUUCUGUUUUAUUUGAUGUCUUUUAAAUUAAGUUAUUUCAUCAGCACAACCCUCAUUAUCGUACAACCAAUCUGUGGUUGCGUUUGGAAUAAAGUAUAUGUUAUCAAAGCACAUCCUCAGCAUUUUGUUCUUUGUAUUUCAGCAUCAGUAUUUGUCAGAGGCUUUACACUGGAGAGCACAGACAGACCCGGACCAUAUCCUCUUUGUUCUCCUCAAUGCCAAGGUACCAAACUGGUUGAAAUAUAUUCACUCUGCUUUUUGAUGUCAAGAUAGUGCUGCACAUUUUUCUAGAGUCUCAAGUGUCUGUAACCCUCCAUGCAUUGCCUCUGUCCUAAAGGGUGUAACGGUGGGCACGGCAACCUGUGUCCAGCUUCAUAAGCGUGCGGAGAAGAUCGCUGCAGCACUCAUGGAGAAAGGGAGCAUCAACACUGGAGAGAAUGUCGUGCUGCUGUAUCCUCCUGGUGCGUUUUACCUCUAGCUGUCUGUCUCUGUAAAUGCAUCGCUCCUAUUGAUCGAGAUAAAUAGUGCUCUGUGUCUCGGUUUACUCCACAUACAUCCUCUCUCUCUCUCUCUCUUUCUCUCUCUCUCUCUCUCUCUUUUUCUCUCUCUCUCUCUCUCUCUCUCUCUCUCUCUCUCUCUCUCUCUCUCUCUCUCUCUCUCUCUCUCUCUCUCAGGCAUCGACCUGAUUGCUGCUUUCUACGGCUGUCUCUACGCUGGAGUCGUUCCUGUAAAUGUCAGACCUCCACACCCCCAGAACCUGGCAGCCACGCUGCCCACCGUCCGCAUGAUUAUUGAUGUACGUAUGUGAGCUUUUUAGUGCACACAUUAUUGCAUUAGUCAGUUUGUACAUACUUGUAUGUUUAUUGAUUUUAAUACAUAUCAGAGUUUUCUCAAGUCACAGCUCAUUUGUUGAUCAUUAAGUUGAAUUAUUUCUUUUUUUUUGUAAUUCACUUUUUAUUAGUUUUCAACAGGAAAAAAUAAUACAUCUAUACCAUAACACAAGUCAAACAAAGGCCAAACAGAGCCUUGACAAAAACAAAAAAACAAACACAAACAAACGCACAGAGGGAGUCCAACAGAGACAGUAUUACUACACAAAUAUAAACAUAUGCAUACGUUGAAUUAUUUCAACUAAAUUAUUUCUUACUUUUUCUGAAAUGCACCUUUUUUGACCCUGAUGUGAUUAUUCAAAUUAUAAUUGUUAUGACUUACACAUUUAAAUGUGCAGUGUUGUUUCUUCUUUUAAUCAAAAUAAAAACAUGUUAUUACUGAAAAAAGAACUCUGGUGACUCAUUGGAUUUUGAUCUAUUUGUAGCAGCUUUAUUCUGUUCAAUUGACUCAUAUCUUAUUUGUGUUCCAGGUCAGUAAAGCUGCAUGUAUCCUGACCACUCAAAGUCUGAUGAGAACACUCCGUUCAAAAGAGGCAGCUGCAUCUGUCAACAUUAAAACAUGGCCGCCAAUCAUUGACACAGGUAAAAUAGUGAGUCAGACCAGUCACAGUGAGGAAAGCAUUGGUGUGAUUUUUACAGAGGCUGCCAAAUACAGAAGAACUUGGCUGUCGUGACUUUGGCUAUCUACACCUGUGCUUUUCCUGAGCCAAAAUAUUCAAGUUAACUUUGAAAGUUUGACAUACAUGAAUGUAAAAUCAAAAUGAUUUUGCAACGUUAAAAUAUCCACAAAUACUGGAAAUUCUAUUAAAAAGGCCUGAUCAUGUGGCUGAAGAUGCAUUACAUUGUUUUUAUGUUGAUAUGAACUGACCUUUGCAUUAUAAUUCAAGAGAACAAUAUUAGCCUUUUAGUUGUUACCAGAGUUGGUCUGUAUGUGUAAAGUUAGUCAAGUAUAAAGUUGUCAGUUCUGUCAGAAACACUAGUGUCAGUUACUGUGUUUGUGUUUACUGUCUCCAAUACACAGAUUGUUCAGGAGGUAGAUGAGUCCUCUGUGCUUUGUUGCUGUAUGCAGUUUUGUAUUUACUUAAAUCCUCCUUUAGUGCGAUGCAUAACUAUUUUAGUUUCUCUGCACAGCUCUCCCUGUCAACAUUUAAACAUGAAUGAACCGUAGCAACAAUUAAUAUGUGACACUGGUAUCGUUCUUUCAAAAUGGCAGUUAACUGUACUGGUGGCAUCAGGACAUAAUGGUUUCGGUGUGGUCGUUGUUGUGUUUUGUAACUUAAAGAUUACUCUCUUGAUGUUGAACAUGCACUGUUCUUGUUUGCAGAUGACCUUCCUCGCCGCCGGCCUCCUCAGAUCUAUAAACCGCCCACAGCAGAGAUGAUAGCUUAUCUAGACUUCAGUGUGUCCACCACGGGCAUGCUCACAGGGGUCAAGGUGAGACUGAAGGGCUUUUCCUUUACCCAGAUCUAAUAUCUACAUGCUACUGCUGCGCUCUGAAAUGCCUCUUGGACCACAGCAAGGGGAAAUCAUCUGUGGUUUUAUGAGAACAAUAUACCAAACAACAAUGUAAAAUGAGUGAAAUCAAACAUUCGAGGUCUCACUCAUGGCAGUGAACUCACAGCUCUCGAAUAAAUGAAUCACUUCCUUACUUUACAGUUUAACCCCUCAGCAUUUGGUUCACUUUCACUCCCCUCCAGAGCGUCAUUUUCAGGCUGUUGUUUUUGGCGAUAAAGCUCGUGUACAGGACCUGCCUAGUGUUUGACAGCACAGAGAUUAAUAUAUAUAUAUAUAUAUAUAUAUAUAUAUAUAUAUAUAUAUAUAUGCUACAUGAAAAGAAAAUACAGCGUAAAUAUGACAAACAUAAGGGAAAGCCAAAUGCUAGAUUACCUAAACAGUUAAAAAAAUUGUAUAAAUCACAAUAAAUUGUAUUACAAAACUCACUGUAUUGCAAAAUGUUAAAAAUCGCAAUUAUAUCAUAUUGGGGCCCAAGUAUCACGAUAAUAUCAUAUCAUGGGGCCACUAGUGAUUCCAACCCCUACUGCCACCAGGUGGACAAAAGCACAGAAACAACAGGAUCCAAGGUACGCUGUUGUACAAAACUUCAAUUUUAAAGAACCAAACAAUCAUCCUGUUUGGAUGAUUGAAUCACUGACUUCCUGACAUCUAAUCAUGAAAAAGUGAAGAGCAGGAAAACAUUCUCGGCGAUGAAUGACAGAAACACCAAUCAGUCAUCUAUUGCAGGUUAACCCGACAUUACCUUUUUCCCAGACUAGUGCCAUUCAACAUUUGCUGGUUUAUACUGAGUGAAAUGAAAAGAACGGCUGAAAUAUUGAGUGACAGAAUCAAACCUUUAGUUGAGAUGGGUCUAACCUCCACUGAACGGACCGGAAGUUGUUUGAAGCCUUUCAAAGUAAAAGAAAAUAUUCCGGAAGUAUGUUUCUUUAAUUCGAAGCCUUUCAAAUGAAAGUACGUUUAUUUGUCUCAUGAGAAUAUAAUUUUUUAUAUGGGGCUUUAUUUUAUGUAUAAAAUGUUAAUAUGAUUUUUUGUGAACUCGUGUUCAACAAAGAAAAAAUACAAAACUGAAUGACCACCUCAAACAAACUAGAGUGUCUGAGAAAAAACAUCAACACAAAAUGACCACAAAUAUGAAAGAAACACAAAAAACUGACACAAAACCACCAAAGAGAUGCUGUGUCUCUCUCCAAUAAAGGUAUUUGGGGGUUGUCUCUUUUAUGUCUGUACCUAGGAACCCAUUAUUUAAAACUUCACAUAUUCCACUGAUAUACAUUUACCCAAAUUCAGUGAAACUUUUCUUUUGAAACUCUUACUUGUAUCCCUGUUUGUCACAGAUCUCCCAUGCAGCAGUCAGUGCACUGUGCCGCUCUAUAAAGCUUCAGUGUGAACUGUACUCCUCUCGCCAAAUAGCCAUCUGCCUCGAUCCGUACUGUGGUCUGGGCUUUGUCUUGUGGUGCCUUGCAAGGUAUGGUAAAGCAUGACCUGCAGCACUUUUCUGCAUCGUACCUGUUUUGGAGUUUGUUUGCACAUUUUGAAAUCCACUUCUUCUCUUCCUGUCUUCUUUCUCAGUGUUUACUCAGGUCACCAGUCUAUCCUGAUUCCUCCAUUUGAGUUGGAGAGCUGCUUGUCUCUGUGGCUGAGCACACUCAGUCAGUACCGCAUCAGAGACACUUUCUGCUCCUACUCUGUCAUGGAGCUCUGCACUAAAGGUUUAGGGACUCAGACUGAGUUGCUCAAGGUAAGGAAGACAUUCAGUGAAGAAAAUCAAGAGUGGCCAACAGAUGCGUUCUUUGGGAUUGAUCAUUUUAUGUGUGUUUGCUCUAGGCUCGUGGUGUGAACUUGUCGUGCGUGAGGAGCUGUGUGGUGAUAGCAGAAGAGCGUCCUCGCCUCGCCCUCACGCACUCCUUCUCCAAGCUGUUCAAAGAUGUGGGGCUAUCACCUAGAGCUGUCAGCACUGCUUUUGGGUCCAGGGUUAACCUGGCUAUCUGCCUGCAGGUACAUCAACCACUUUCACAGGCUUCAAAAAGAGAAACAGUCUGAACUAGAUCUGAAGAAUGAAUGGGAUUUGUUUGAACCUGAUGUCUGUGUGUUACAGGGCACCACUGGUCCUGAUCCCUGUACAGUAUAUGUGGACAUGAAGUCCCUCCGCCAUGACAGGUAAGAACACACAGAGAAGUUUAACCAGCAUGACAAUACCUCUCUCAUCAUAUUUUAAAGAACCAAAAUCUUCCCAUCUUAAGAUCAGACCUACUCCUAUCCUGUCUUAAACCAACAUGAGUGUAACAUUUUGAAGGUUUCAGGAAAUUACAUUGGCGAAGAAAAACUUUCUUUUAACAGGCAGAAACCUUGAGCAGAGCCAGAUUCAUGUUAGACAGUAAUCUGCCAUUACUGUGUUAGGAUUAGAUGAGAGAGAUUGACGGAGACAAACAACAACAAAAUAAGUCAGCAGUGAUGUAUGGAUAUGGUGCCAGAAAUCAUGGGACAAAUAUGUUUACUAUUUACAGGAACAGCUUGUUGAUGAGCUUCGUUAAAUUUAUGGCAAAUUUAAGUCAACAUGUCCAAAGUAAUAUCAAACCAGUAAUGGCAUUUGCAAUAGUGAAGUUGAGGUAAAUAAUAAAAGUUGAAAUUAGAUCAACUGAAGAGAAAAGAGUCAAAGAAGUUGUAUGAUAAACAUUAGCUUUGUAACAGUGAUAUUGAUUGACAUUAGCUGUUUAACAGUGAUAAAAAGGGUGAGACUGAUGCUAACAGUUGGAUCAGUUGGAAAGCAGUAGAGAUGUGACGUUCGCGAACGAGUCAGUCCUUUGAACGGCUCCUUUAAGUGAAUGAUAGAACCGGUUCACACUGGUCAGCCGUUCAUAUGCGAGCCAUUCUCAUGUGCAGUUCUCACUGCCCAAGCUGCCUUCAUGUGUCACCUGUGCGCCCCAAACACCUGGUAGGGUAGUACAAUUUUGCAUUCACAUUUUUGUCAUGUCUUAAUUUGUCAGUUAUCUGUAGCCUAAAUAGUUUUUAUUGUUACACAAAGUUUUUUAGGUUAGGGAAAUUUUUGAAAUAGUGAUUUCACUGUCAAAUCAUGGGGAAAUGGCACCACCUUAUGGACUGCUUACAAUGAAAACACAAGCCAAAUAAAAUUAUUAUCAAUAUUUCAGAAUAUUUCCCACCUGUGCGUACCACUGGUUGGCUUCUAAUAAAUAGAUAAAUAGAUAUAACAAUGAGCCAGUCUUUUGAACGGCUUUUUGAAAGGAACGGCUCCUCAAGAUCCAGCUGCCUUUAAAGAGCCAUAAAUCCCAUCUCUAGAAAGCAGGCAGGAGCACAGCAACAAGAUGUCUCCAGCAGCAACCCAAAGGAACCUACAACAUGAGGGAGGAUUAAUUUUUUUAUGUUUCAAUUGGUGGGAUUAUUUCUGAAAUAGCUUCAACUGCACACCAAAGAAGUAUCACCAAAAUAAAGCAGAUACAGAAACGUUAUUCAUCCUUAGAUCUAUGAUCAUCAGUGAAGACAAACAGACAAAACCACACAAACCUAAAAAAAAAAAUACCCUGAACUGCAAAAAACUAUUGUGGAUUAUCCUAAAUUAGGGAAAAACAUAUAUUCUUAAAAACACUUUUUUUUUCAGAGUGAGGCUGGUCGAAAGAGGAGCACCUCAGAGUCUUCCUCUCAUGGAGUCUGGCAAGGUGGGAUGUUUCUUCAUGGUGUAUGUACAUCUGUCAUGUAUUUUAGUCAGUGGAUGUUAUAAGAUCAUGAAGGUUGACUCUUUUGUUUCCUCUGCAGAUACUUCCAGGCGUACGGGUGAUAAUUGUAAAUCCAGAAACCAGAGGUCCUCUGGGAGAUUCUCAUCUAGGCGAGGUGAGAGAAAGCUGCAAAAUGAAAAAUUAUUUGUGGUCACAACCAGAACUAAUUAUGGUUAUCCCUCUCAGACCAGUGGUGACCAGUAUGUGCUUUCUCUCUUAGAUCUGGGUGAACAGUCCUCACAGCGCCAGCGGCUACUACACCAUCUACGGAGAGGAGAGUCUACAGGCCAACCACUUCAACAUUAAGCUCAGCUUUGGAGACCCGCAGACCUUGUGGGCCAGAACAGGAUACUUGGGUUUUGUGAAGAGGACUGAGCUGCUGGAUGCCAGUGGGGGUAACAAGACACUAACAGAACCAAGUCUAGACUCUGUUUCACCUUAAUGUGCCAAGAAAAAGAGAGGCUGUGUAUUACAGUCAUAUCAAACAGAGAAAUAUUUUAAUAUCUGAACUAUUGAAGGUCAUAAACAUAGGUGAAAACACUUCUUUCUCCACUUUGUCCGCACACUAUCCUCACUUGAUAAUGUUGCUUUUGUGUCUGUGCUCAGAUCGACAUGACGCUCUGUUUGUGGUGGGCUCGCUGGAUGAGACCUUGGAGCUGAGGGGGCUGCGUUACCACCCCAUUGACAUUGAAACCUCAGUGUCCCGGGCUCACCGCAGUAUUGCUGAGAGGUGAGAAGACUUGCAGACUUAAGUAGUGUUUCUCCAAACGUAUAUUUUGAAUUAUACAACCCCCCAAAAAAGAAAUAGCAGACUUUGUUAAUGGAAAAAGUAAGCAUAUUAUAAUAAGCAUACUUUUUCCUGCAAGAUACAGAAAAAGUGAAGUAUAGUCAUCAUUUCCACUGUUUUCUAGCUUUACAGCUCCUAUUCAGAAUCAGACUUUUGAAAUCAUUAAAGGGAUAUUCCGGCGUAAAAUUAAUUUAGGGUCAAACACACCGUAACACUGCGUUAGACACCCCCUCGAGAGAUGAAUGUUGCCGAUCGCUUGCUUCUCUAGUUUUACCAACUUUAGUAACGACCACAUGAUAGCAAUACACAGCGGUCUGAGGAACCAUAAAUAAACCUCAACCAAAACACCACUCUAUAGCCACAAAUAAUGCUCAGAACAACACCUGCCUUCAUCAACGGUACAUAUAGGGUCCUAGCCACAGCACUAGCCACCCAACAUCUUUUUAACUUUGCCUGAUUUCUUUAGCAAAGAGACUAAACACAACUCACCUACUCUCUUCCAGCAGCUGUUUGUUUGGAGCAAGACCUCAGGCCAGUCCAUUAUGGACUGCUGUGUGGUUACGCAGCAGUCCGUAAUGGACAAAGGAAGAACAUUUAUGAUUAUUUCUUUAUCAUUUCCUUGAAGUAAUAAUCCCCAUAUUAAUCAUUUUGCACUGCAGACGUGGUAGUUCUGCCUUGCAGUCUAAUUGCAUUUCCAUGAAGAAAUGAAGAUCAUCUCUCGAUGGGGUGUCUAACUCGAUGUUAUGGUGUGUUUGACCCUAAAUUAAUUUUAUGCUGGAAUAGCCCUUUAAGAUCACAUUUAAUGUAGUUUAUAGAAAAGAAACACUUAAUAGGAAAAGAAAGCCUCUGAUUAUUUUAGCUCCAACUAGAGACUGGAAACAGAUAAACUGCUAGUUUAGCCCUAUGUAAAGGUAAACACACAUUUCAACAUUUUUUUAAAAACACACUGUUUUUUUUACAAGCUAUUUGAAGUUUCAAAAUUGCUUGACAUGAACUCUGUGCUCUCAGUCACACUGAUUUUGUGCUCGACAGUGCCGUGUUUACAUGGACCAACCUACUGGUGGUGGUGUCAGAGCUGUGUGGCUCUGAGCAGGACGCGCUGGACCUGGUGCCUCUGAUAACUAAUGUGGUCCUGGAGGAGCACCACCUCAUCGUGGGUGUAGUAGUUAUAGUGGACCCUGGGGUCAUACCCAUUAAUUCCAGGGGAGAGAAGCAACGCAUGCACCUUCGUGACUCUUUCCUCGCCGACCAGCUGGACCCCAUCUAUGUUGCUUACAACAUGUGAGGGCGUGUGGUUCUCUUGGCUUGUUUGGCCAUCAUCCUCAACAUAGAUGCUUCUCCGCCAUCAUUCCCGGCAACCAACCACAGCUUGGCAGAUGGUGAAAAGGAAAAGCAUGAGCCACAUGCACUGCCACCCAGCCCUGAGCAACACCAGCAUAUCUCGGCUACUGCAUGUCUGUGAUUGGACCUGCCAUGUUUGGAGUUGUUCACUGUGUUUUUUAGGUAGAAUUUUGCAAAACAGACAGAAACACUGCAUAGCACUGCAUAUGACAUAAAAGAAAAAAUCCCCAAUUGCACUUGUUCGGGGAGAGAGCAAACCAACAUAAUCAUCAGACACACUUUUGUAAGUUCAUAUAAAUGUCUUUGUGAAGACCCGUCUUCUUACCCUGCUCCUUCUACAACUCAACUUCUGGUACCCUUUCCUUUGUGUGUGUCAAGGCAGAUUUCAAGAGCUACUAAACUUUUAUCAACAACUUGAAGUAUUUUUUACAUGCAGCUUUUAAAGAAGCACUCACUAACACACGAGCAGAGUCCCUCUCAUUCCUCACUAACAUGGAUGGAGAAAGAGGGCAGAGGAAAGCAAACUAUUAAGUAAGUAAUAAAGCAGCCACAGUUUAUUACAAUGAAGCCAAAUAAAAUUCCAUUUUCACUUUCCUUCCCCAAAUGUAUUUCCUGCCUUAAAAAACUUCAGCCAUACAUUCCCAAUUUGAUUUUUACUGAACCUGUUAUUUACGGCUGUUUAUUCUCCUUCAGUUUGACCUGUAGUGGAAAUCCUGAGACCCAUAAAAAUCAAGAUAAAAGAGGAAAGAGGCCAUAUUCUAUACUGUACCUAUAAAGGCCUGUUGUAUUUUAGAUACUGUACGCAUCUGUAUAGAUAUUUUUAAUUGUACAAAUGUAAAAAUGCUUGACUUGUCUCCCUCAGUUGGUGGUUUUGUGGAGGCAGCUGAGAGACAAUAAGAGUAGCAGAAAUUUGUAUAUAAGAUUUAACAGUAGUUUAGAAGAAGAAUAGCUGUAUGAUGGAGAGUGAAGACAAAUAACUUAAAAGCAUUAGUUAGACACUGCACUUUCUCAAAAUAAAAUGUCUAUUUUAUUAUAACAAUGAGGCAUUAUAAGGGAUGGUUAAGGAGCAUAUAUUAAUCUGUGGAGCUUUGAGAGUUUUACAAGGAGGGCUAUCACUGUUAAUGCCAGGGACUUAAACCAAUAUCAUGACUGUUUUCAGGCUACGCAGCAUUUUUUUUUUUUGUAAAAUGUUAAAGAAAGGCCCACAAUCGUCACACAUCUAAUAUCCGUUGCCAGUGUAUGUUGUAUUGCUUAACAACUCAUACUCUUCCUUGCAUAAUACAGCAAGUGUUUAAGAGGGAUUGGCCCUUCCCCUUUCCUCCUCACUCUUCACUCUCAAGUUCAUUGAACUGUGUUUUGUCUUUGUGCAACUCUGUAAAGAAAUCCUUGAAAUUUAAAGAGGCAAAGAAAGUCUGCACACAACAGAGGCAAAUCAUUAUGGAUCUGGAUUCUAUUCCGUCUUCAGUCACUGGAUUUAUAAGCACUUGUUGAUGCAGUUGCAAAGCUGAGCCACAUUAGAAACAUUUCUAUCGGCAAGAAAAGUAAUCAUAAGAAAAAGAAAAAAAGCAUCAAAUGUGUAUUGCAACAUCUUUUUUAAUUCUUGUGCUCUCCUUGUGCUCCUUGUCAUAAUUUUAAGUUCUUUGUGCUGGGUUAUACUGUAUUUCAUUGUUGGACCCUCAGGGUCAACAUGUAAAUAGAUUUUUAUCGUUUAAGACCUUUUAAACUGUCCCAUUAUAACACUAAAACAUGCCAAACACGCUACCAGAAUGAUGUUUUUUGUUUGAAAUGAAACAUAAGAUAUUAUCCAUUCAAAUACUGCACUUUGCACUACAAUAGUACUGACAGUAGGGUUCUACUGUGGUUGAUUUUAACACUCCCACUUUAAGUCACAUUAAAUGUGGUAAUCAUUGUAGAAAUAUAAGACUUGACUUUUAAUUUAACCCAGUUUUGAUCCCACCUUGAAGAAGCACUAUUCACACUUCGUCUUUUUGUUUGCAACAGAAUGUUUGCACAGAAGAAAUCAGCUUGAGUUACAUCUUUCUGAGGCACAAGUGGGGGAGACAUGGGUGUAUGAAAAAGUAUAUUCAGGGAACAAAACUCACAACACAGGGAUGGACCAGCUGGUCCCUUUGAUGCAAUCUGUGAAAAAAUACCCAUAAGAUGUAGAUGUUUGUAAAACAUGGAACCCCCUUGAAAUUAAAGCUGACCUUGCAAACCUAAAGAGCAAGCAGAGGGGUUACUGAGUACCAUCCACCAUCUACCUGCAUUGGGAGCUCUACAAGGGCUUCCUCUGGUUUCCGUUCAUUUUCUCUGUCAGAGUUUUUACACACUAUGCAAACCCAAUGACAGUGCAGUUUGAUUUCAAAGCUUGCACAGUCUGGUGAAGUAUACAUGAUGCUUACACAUUUUGUACUAAGGAUAGAGAAGUGAUUCAAUUUAACCAGUAGUGUACUUAAGACUGCAUUGAUCUCUCUUCAGUUGUUCUACCAAUAAUUUGUGUAUGACCCUUGGUAUGUUGUAUAUUAAUUAUUUGGUCAACUCUAAACUGCUCUAUGAGAGCGUAAUUAAUCAUUAAUGUUAGGAAGGUGUUAAAACUUAUAUAAGUAAAAGAAAAAAAAAAAGAAAAAACUCAAGGUGGUACACCCUUACCCAUGUUCUCAUUUAUUUUUUAUUUGUUGUACUUUGUUUUAUACUUUAUGUAAAAGUAAUACAGAAUAAACAAAAGCAUUUAAUCAA